AUGCACCAGCAUUUAAGCAGUCAGUCUAAAGGUGAGUUCCUGAUUUGCUAGAAUAGGAGGCUGUUUGCACAUAAUGUUGUUUAGGGGAGGUUGGGAUUGCCAGUCCUUGGAUUCUGGUGCCUGGAUAGGAUCUAAGAUGGGGUGUUUUGUGGGACAGAGGGAGGAGAGACUGGACCCAGGUUCAUGGAACUGGAGCCCAGAUUGAAUAAUGUGAGCACUAUACUGUUCCUUCAAAACAGAGAAGAAAAGAAAGCUGGCAAUCUUAGCAAGCUCCCUUUGGUACCAGAAUCUGAGCUCCGAACUAACCACUCCCAUGUGUGUUUGUACUCAACAGCGAUAGAAGGCAGACGGGACCAGUGUGAGGUGCCCAGGGAUCCCAAGUACCCCGACUGCUCUGGGAAAGUGGAGGUGAGUAAAGUAGAUUCAGAUUUGUGCUCUGAACAGAAAAAAGGUAGAAAUGAAAGCAAUGCGUCUAUUUGGAUGACAGUUAAAAGAAGAUGGAAUCUUUUUUGUUCACACAUUGUUCCAGCAAGCACUGCAGCAGUAAACCAAAUUAUUACGAUGUGAGAAAACAUCUUUUCAAUGCAUUUUUCUCUCCCCCCCCCCAUAUUAGAAAGGAAUAUAAGUGGGUUAUAAAAGGCAUGGGUAGUGUUUCAGAGGGACGUGGGUGGCGCUGUGGGUUAAACCACAGAGCCUAGGACUUGCUGAUCAGAAGGUCAGCGGUUUGAAUGCCCUCAACAAGAUGAGCUCCCGUUGCUCGGUCCCUGCUCCUGCCAACCUAGCAGUUCGAAAGCAUGCCAGUGCAAGUAGAUAAAUAGGUAGCGCUUCAGCAGGAAGGUAAACGGCAUUUCCGUGUGCUGCUCUGGUUUGCCAGAAGUGGCUUAGUCAUGCUGGCCACAUGACCCGGAAGCUGUACGCCGGCUCCCUCAGCCAAUAAAGUGAGAUGAGCGCCACAACCCCAGAGUCGGCCACGACUGGACCUAAUGGUCAGGGGUCCCUUUACCUUUACUUUACUUUUAGUGUUUCAGAGAUCACCUGGGGAAAUGAACAGCGAUAGUUAAGUCAAGUUUUCCAUGAGCCAGAGUUGGACCAGUGGGUGUCCUGCCCCACCAAGAAUAAGGAUUUGUUCCUCCUCAACAAAAUUCAAGCACACAAACACUGACUUCUUGGUUUAGUGAUACAACAAAAUGGUAUCUUAUUCCUUAGAAGAUGAAGAUUUCUUGUUGAGAACAAAUCAGUAGCAGCUGGUGCUGCCUGCCCUCAAGUGAUUCUGCUCCAAACUGACAACACCCACCUGACCUGUCCAGUUCUGCUGCCCACUCAAGUACCCCGCUGGCUCAGGGUGGACUUUUCAAGAUCCAUGUCUCCCUUACUAUGCUUAAUCAGUCCUGAAGUCCCCCUUUAGCUACUAUGGCUGUGAAUAUGGUGCUCAGAGAGGGUAAGGGACAACUUAAGGGAGUUACUGUUUAUUGCAACAAGAGACUGUACUCAUUAUAAGCAGGCAGAAGCUUGCAAACUUAAAAAUAACAGUUCUUAUUUAAUGUGUCCUUUUUGGACACUAAGAAGCCAUUGAAAUAACUUCAUUUCUUUAAAGCCAUCCUGGAAAUGUGGCAGCCCCACUUAGUGUGGAGGGCUGGCUAUGGCCCUGCAGGUCAACUCUGAACUUUAAAGGAACUUUAAGGGACAUGGGUGGCGCUGUGGUCUAAACCACUGAGCCUAGGGCUUGCCGAUCGGAAGGUCAGCGGUUCGAAUCCCCGCGCCGGGGUAAGCUCCCGUUGUUCGGUCCCUGCUCCUGCCAACCUAGCAGUUUGAAAGCACGUCAAAGUGCAAGUAGAUCAAUAGGUCUGACAGGAAGGUAAAUGGUGUUUCCGUGCGCUGCUCUGGCCACAUGACCCAGAAAAACUGUCUGCGGCGAGUCGGCUACCUCAGCCAGUAAAGCUAGAUGAGCUUCGCAACCCCAGAGUUGUUCGUGCCUGGACUUAACUGUCAGAGGUCCUUUACCAUUACCUUUUUAUUCCCCUGGAUUUUAUAUAUUGCUCCACCACCAGAUAAGAACAGAGGAAGAUCAAGGCCCAUCUAGUCUAGAAUCCUCUUCUCAUACUGGGAUCUGAUUGGCUACUGGGAAGCCCACAAGCAGGACCUGAUUGCAACAGUGCUCUUCCCGCUUGAGAUGGUGAGAUUCAACUCCCAUCAUCCCUGACUAUUGGCCAUAGUGGCUGGGCUGAUGGGAGUUGGAGUGCAGCAGCAUCUGGAGGGCACCAGCUUGAGGAAGACCUCCCUAUGGGGUAAUAUAUGCACUACAGCUGCAACCAUAGCCCUAAUGUGUCAAUUAGUGCUGUGCUGAACCUUCUCAGAGAUUUAAUGUUGGUCAUUUGAAGGAGGAGGGUGAGGGCAAAAUGUAGAUACCCCCCCCCCAAAAAAGGUAGGGUGGGUAGAACUUCAUUAGUUUCAAGGGACCAGAUUUGUUGAGGUUGAUGAGUAGGUUGUGCUUUUCUUACAUGAGGUGGCCAGGGUGUGUCUCUUUUCAGAUCAAACAUUUUUGGAAAGCCCUAAAUUCAAGGAAAGAAGACAUUGUUGAGCUUGACUCUAGUCUGGCCCUGUAAAGAGAUAUGAGAGGUGUUGUGGACUCUCCUUCUUUGGAGGCUUUUAAGCAGAGGUUGGAUGGCCAUCUGUCAUGGAUACUUUAGCUGAGAUUCCUGCAUUGCAGGGGGUUGGACUAGAUGACCCUUGGGGUCCCUUCCAACUCUACAAUUCUAUGAAAUAUUCACUGAGAGAGAGAGGAUGCACACCUUCUAUGUGUGAAGUCUGAGCAACUAGGUUGCCCUGCCUUGCAUGAUUCAUGGACUAAUGUAGCAUUUAUAUCUCUGUUAAUUAUUCAUAUGCAACAAAAUGCAAAGGAAGCACCAAUGGAUUUAUUGUCUUGCUUGUUUUUAAUCUCAAGCGUUAUCUCUGCCCUGGGGAACAAGCAAAGUGUUGUAACCUGAUGCUGGUUUUGAGUACCACAUUCUGCUUAGAGCAGCACAUUGUCUUGACUUGAACACAACUCGGGCAUUUGAUUGGCCGGUGCAAUUGUGUGCAGCUCUGUAUCUCCACCGACCCGUUUAGCUUAACAGUAAGAUUAACAUGAAGUCAUUCCCCGCACUGCACCCCUUCAGCUGUUAUUUCAGCCUGCAUGCCCCUCAACCAGCUACUUGACAAAACAAAUUAACUGCCAGAUUAACAAGACACAACCGUUGCAUUACUCAGAUUGUCCCAGCUACAUAGCGGUCAUUUUCUCCCAUCCUCUUCCAUGACGGGGUUAAAUUUUAAGUGUAAUUUAAUUGCUGGAGGCAGUAAUUCGAUCUCCUGUCUGGAUGAUUGGUGUGUUUUACAUAUCGGGAGUGGAGGGCUGUCUCCUGAGUGGCUUCGUUUGUGUAGUUAAGUUUGGAAGAGGCUGGCACCAGCAAUUACGGAGGAUGAUAGAUCUACAUGGAGAACUGGAAGCCCGGGCUAUUGCCUUGCAUGCAAAAUCACCUUGCGAGAGAACCUCACUAAAUAAAUUUAGCACAGAUAUCAGCCUUUCUGAACCCGGUGGCCUCCAUAAGUUUUUGACCACAACCUCCAUCAGUGGAGUCAUUUCCAGAAUAUCAGGAGGGAGGCUAGCUCUGCUUUUCUGGGGGAAAGAAUACAUGUGUUAGCUUCGCUCUAUGGGGCAAAACCACUGCAGAUAAGGAUCAGGCAUUUUCUACACUUAUCAGCCAGCGUGCUUUUGUUCUGGCAAAUUUCAUCUGAAGUGCUGUGAUAUUAUUUAUUUCCUCCACAACCUGUGCUGAUCAGUGAUAACAGACCUCAGUGAUAAGCAAAAUAAGCUUUGUGAGAUCUAAGCUAACGGAUAAAAUGUAAGCUCCUUGGCAGGAUCUCCUAUCCAUUUUUAGAUAAAAGCUUUAGAUGAGUUCUCUGGGUAAUAAAAAUUCUAUUCUAUUUAAAGAGGUGAACCACCCUGAGACCUCCAGGUAUAGAGCAGUAUAAUAAUAAUAAUAAUAAUAAUAAUAAUAAUAAUGGUGAUGAUGAUGAUGUAAAUUUAUUAAAUUAUUUCCUUAGGGCUGCUUUGCAUGUCAUUUUAUUUAUAUACAGUAUAAGGAGAAGAAAAUGUGUGGUAUACCAUUGUGUAUUAGCCUACACAUACAUGUAUACAGCCUUGCUGUGUUUUUUAAUGAGACUAUGCUCUACAAAUAUAUCAAUAAAUAUACAUAUUUCAGAUCUUUAUCCUUUUCAGCAAUGAUUUUGACCCUUAGAUUGGUGCCACCAGCAAAUCUUACCAGAAUUUCCUAUUCUUUACUGACUCAGAAUUGUUUUCACAGUUUCUAUUGAAAAAAAUUAGCUCCCACAACAGGAGGUUUGGUUUGUUAUGUAUUUAAUGGUCUCCUUUUGUAUUUUAAUGCUGUAAACCACCUGUGGUUUUUAAUAAAUUUUUUUUUAAAAAAAAUCAAAUAAAAAGUUCAGGAGCUGUUUUGUUGACUACACCUCCCUAGUCUGAAAGUCUGUCUUUUCACUGCAUCCUUUUGAUUUCUUUCCUUUAACAGGAUCUCUGUCUGCCAUAUAAAUACCUUUGUAACAACUUCUUCCAGUUAAGCCAAUCAUUUGCCAAUACUCAUGCAUCAUAUCCCUUGAAAGUCCAAAGAAAUGAGCUCAGCCUCCAGAAAUGUUAGCCUCUUCUCAGUGUAAAUCCAAGCCUUAAUCUGAUGAGCCCUUGAUAUCAUUUGUUGCAUUCAGAAGCUCCACUGUUGGUUACAUCUUUGUGUAAAGGCUCACCUAACCAAUACCCCUACCUUUGCCUUUCAGUGGAUGAGAGCCAGGUGGACAUCAGACCCCUGCUAUGCAUUCUUCGGUGUGGAUGGCACAGAGUGCUCGUUCCUCAUCUACCUCAGCGAAGUCGAGUGGUUUUGCCCCGUGCUGUCUUGGCGAAAUCAGACAGCGGCUGCAUCUUCCACAAUUCCACCACCCAGAGCGCAGGUGAAGCUUGUAGGCCUUGAACCAUGCCAGUCAAGUUACAUCCUCACUUAUUUGACAAAGGUUGUUUUUGUCUGAAACAGUUGGUUUCGAUGCUCUCAGACAACAGGAAUAGGCAGCUGUGAGAGAAAAGAUUACUGUCCCUGGCUGAGUGUAGGAAGGGCAAGAGAGAAAGAUCAUGCCCAGUGGUGGUUAUGUCACAGACUAUGUGGGAGCAUGGUCUCGCACUCAUGCUAGGGUGCUCCUGUCUGAGUUGAGGAGAAGUAAGGAGAGUGUGGGUAAUGAUCCCUCAGUCUGCUCUGUAACCUGGUACAACAUUGCCCUCUUUCCUCCCUGCCAUAUUGCUCCCAGUAAGGUGUUGGUGCCAGUGGGUGGGGUGUUCACAUCCUUGAGUGGCAGCAGUAGUUUGUCCCAGGAGUCUCUUCCAUCUGCCUGAUAGACAGGAAGUGGGGAGUGUGUAUGGGGACAAGGUUGUUAUCAACUCUUCAAGCAACAAGUAUACCUAACAAAAUGGUACCCCAUGAAAACAGUGUAUAAGCCCAUUCUAUCCACCCUGGAAAUUCUUCCAUCAAUUCUUCCUUCCCCAACAUGCACAGGGGAGAGGAAAUUGAGUGGGGUAUCUUGGGGAAGAAUUAUGGGUGGAUGGAUGGAACUACGAAUAGAAGCACUCUGCACUACAGCAUUUAGUUGUACAUCAAAACUGAUUUACUUUUAUCAACAAAUUAGCUGUCCCUAUAUCACAGUUAAUUUUCAAGAUGGCACUGAACAUAUUGGCUGCCCCUUGGUGUCUGAAUUUGUUUGCUCCAAUCAUGAGGCAUCUUCAUCCAGGGCCAUAACUAGGGGGGGUGAGGUGGGCCCCCACCAGGGCACAGGUGAGAGGGGGAGGUGCAAAAUCAGCUAAAAUAUGUUCAUAAAUAUAUCUAUAAAUAAAAAUAUCGAUUAUUUCCCCAUAAGAAAAGGUUUUAAAUAGAGGGUGAAUUGAAUGGGUGGAGAGGGGGUUGUAGGAGAAAGAAGAACUAAUUUGCCCAUGGGUAGGGGGCGCAAUCUGGAAGGUUCUGUCAGGGGCGCAAGAUCACCUAGCUACAGCUCUGUCUUCAGCCCUGUUCAAAUGGAGAAGAGAAAGGAAACAUACUUUGCCUAUGUAACCUACAUGCACCAUAGGAUCUCCUUGCUCAGACAGCCAUUGCAAGGGUCACCCUGGACCUUGUGUUAACAGGAAGAGUCUGUUGUUGUUUCCCUAGGCGUCUUUUCAGAGAGACCUCUCCUACCUCCUGGAGUUGAUUGGCAGUGGCAAAGAGUCUUUGAUCUUCAUGAAGAAAAGGAUUCGGCAUUUGGCCACGCAGUGGCUGAGGGCUUCACAUAAACUGGAGCAGAAGCUAGAAGACAAAAAGAGAGAUCAGAAACAGGUACAAAAUUAAAUCUGCUGCUUGUGAACCAGCUUGUUAUUUGUGGGUAUGGUGGAGUCACAGCAAGACUGAGGGCCAUAUCCAGCUGAAGCGUCCCAUCAGUACAAAGACCAUAUAACACUGGUCCUGAGAGACCUGCAUUGGCUCCCAGUAUGUUUCUGAGCACAAUUCAAAGUGUUGGUGCUGACCUUUAAGGCCCUAAAUGGCCUCAGUCCUGUAUACCUGAGGGAGCAUCUCCACCCCCAUCAUUCAGCCCGGACACUGAGGUCCAGCGCCGAGGGCCUUCUGGCAGUUCCCUCACUGUGAGAAAUAAGGUUACAGGGAACCAGGCAGAGGGCCUUCUCGGUAGUGGCGCCUGCCCUGUAGAAUGCCCUCCCAUCAGAUGUCAAGGAAAUAAGCAACUAUCUUACUUUUAAAAGACAUCUGAAGGCAGCCCUGUUUAGGGAAGUUUUUAAUGUUUAAUGCUGUAUUGUGUUUUUAACAUUUGGUUGGGAGCCGCCCAGAGUGGCUGGGGAAACCCAGCUAGAUGGGCUGGGUAUAAAUAAUAAAUUAUUAUUAUAAAUUAUUAUAAGGACUCCACUUCCACAAUGGGACCUCCCUGCUCUUCCCCAAAUCUGUACUGGAGUGUUAGAGGAAACCCAAUUCCCCUCAGAUUGCAGGGGGAGAUGGGGAAAGUUUUGUUGCACAAAUGGACGUCCUUGUGCUGAUGGGCUGUAAUAGUUGGAUUCACCCUGAGAGUUUACCUUGCUAUGUGCUCUGUAUAUUUGCUUCUCCCUUGUACACCCAGCACUGAUAUCUUGCUCUGUCCCUCCCUCCCUCCCUCAUUAGAUUUUGAUCCACAUUGGCUUCUUGACAGAAGAAUCAGGAGAUGUUUUCAGCCCUCGCGUCUUAAAGGGAGGCCCCCUGGGGGAGAUGGUCCAAUGGGCAGAUAUUUUGGCAGUCCUCUUCAUCCUGGGCCAUAGCCUGAAAAUCACAGUUUCUUUGAAGGAGCUCCAGAGGUGGGUUUGUUGAUGAAAUAGAAGCUGAACAGUGACAUUUGUUUUGAAACAUGUCUUUGGACUAUGGCUCUUGCUCAUUGUGAUCACAAUGCUUAGAUUACAGCAGUGGGGAACCUCAGGCUUGGGGGCUGCAUGUAAUGUCCCCCGGCCAUGCCCCUCACUGGCCAUACUUCAAACCCUCCUUGAGUGUUUCUGUCUGACUAGACUGUCACCUUGAGCUCUAAUAAUCCCCUUUGCUUGCCUCGAUGGAGGAAAGAAAUCUGUGGUGUCGAAACCAGCCUACUGUCCAUAGGUAAAUUCACACUCAUUGCUCUGUCCCCUUUUGCCCUGCUGACAUGUACCUCUGCUCCUGGAAGUUUUCUCAGAAGGGAAUGUGGUCCCCAAACUGGAAAAGUUAUUGCCUGCUUAUACCUAGGGUUGUGCCAAAAUUCCACCCAUUUCAAUGUGGAGGUCAAAAGUCAAAAAGUCACAAUUUGUGGGGCCCUUGGUGCAAAACAGACCCUAAGUCACUGAAAAUGUUUGGCCUUUUCAUGUUUGUUUUUGGUCUCUGGUUUUUCACAAUCUGCUGCUGCUGCUGCACAACUUUACCCCUUAGUUGGGGAUCCCUUUCUCCUUCAUAGAAUUAUUCCAUAAUGGAAGUAAAAACGCAGCAUUCCUGCUUAGCAUGAGGAGGCAAUGGUCCUUGGACUAACCUCAUGAAUGAUCCUAGCCAAUCAGAAACGUGAGGACAAAUGAAGCCUGUUUGGGGCAAUGCUUUCUUAAUAGGCUGCCAUGUUUGUCCCUUUCACAGUGAUUCUCUCCUCCAGCAGCAGCAGCACCCCCAAAAAAUAUAUCUUGCUGCAAUAGUGGGGCACUUCUCAUCAGUGCUGAAGGUGUGAGCGGAUAUUACCCUCCUCAUUCCAACUCAGCCCUACUUACAGCUCAAACUGAGUUGCAGAAAGCAAUUAGCCUAACUAGGGGGGGAUUGCUGCUGGUGGGGGUUAAGAACAAGAAAGCGCAAACAACAUCACAGCAGGGAUAGGCUGAUUAGUAUUUAACAGCCGUUGAUUCAGUCAGAAUGGCAUGCUCCCUUAUCAGCCCUAGCUGUCGCAAAAAUACAAUUUUUAAAAUGAGUGCUUAGCUUCCCAGUAAAUGUUACAAGAAACACAGUUGAAUGUUGCAAGAGAUGGCUCCCUGUCCCCCAACUAGAACGCCUGGUAUGACUAAUACUGAGAUGGAAUUUCUCUGAAGGAAUUUCUCUGUGAAAAUUUCUGAGACUUUCCUCUUUUUUCACAUAUGCACACACAUCUGAAAAAUAAUGCCACUUUACACAUUUUUCUGCUGAACAUUCUCCACCAUAUUUUGAAGAUAGGGGCCAUGCAGCCAACACAGUUGCCGUCGCUGCCACCACCACUUGUAGCUGCCACAGCAGAAAGGCCACAGAGAGGAAAGAAGGGCUGUGCUACUACCACUGUUCAUCAGGAGGGCAAACGUGGCCCCAUGACCAUGGGUGCCCGGGGCUGUCAGUGCCAUGCGGCGUGCAUGGCCCUGGCAUUGAAAUUUGUGGGUGCCCAGUCCCUUCAUGGGUAAUUUUGUGCGUGUUCGGGCACCCAGGGCUCCAGGGAGUUGGCACCUUAGCUGUUCAUGGUGAUCUCCAGCCCCCUAAACCCCUUGGAGCAUUUCUCCUCUCCUGGUGAAACUCAGUGAAAUGCAACCCCCACACACACCACUAUGCCUCAAUUUCUCUGGCCACAGAUAGAGUAUUUCAAGUAUUUGUACCCAGUUUUAGGUUCUGACUAGGGGGUGGUGGGGAAAUGUGGUUCAGUUUGCAUUUGAAGGUGAACUUCCCUAAUAUACACUGCCUGAAACAAUGAGCAAACCAAGCUACCCUAGACAUCCAAAUUCACACUGCUCUGAAUUUUCAAUGCAGUUCUCCAGAAAAAUAAUAUGUGCCAAAAAGGAAUAUAUUAGAGUAAACUCUGCAUAAAAGAGCCAUAUAUUUGCGAGGAUAGCAUACAAAAGUGCACUACAUUAGGAGAAAUUGUUUGCAAAACGCGUAUAUUAGGCAAAAUUGUGUGUAAAAAUGUGAACAUUGGAAGAAAUUUGCAGUAAGUGGUGGAUGAAUUUUCAUGUGGACUUUUAAAAAAACAAAAACCCUUCAGACUGAUGUAGAAAUGUAGAAAACUGAAUUUAAAACUAGAAAAAAAGAGAAACAGAAAAACCAAAAUGGACAGACUCACCCACCCCUAAUUCUGACAUUGUUAUGGUCACAGCCAGCAAUGUGGAGCUGGGAAUGGGGAAAUACAUAGUGUAAUGAUGUAAGAACACAUGUUUGGUUGUUAAGAGGGGGAAGAGGAUUAAGGGACAUAAAGGGCACAAUUAAACCCCUGUGUCUAUGCCAAGCUCAUAUUGGGGCUUCAGUUUAGCAAACGUGCAGUGGCUGCUCUUUCACACAGUUCAAGCCCUUUCUUAAUCUCAGAACAGUAGGAGAUUUGGCCUCUGCAUUCCAGCACUGGUUUCUGAUGUUUGUUGGGCACUUAGAUCUCCUGCACCAUCAGCUCUCUUUGUAACCAGUAGAGGAUCCUCUUCCCAUUCUCUAGCAAUUUCCCCUUCCAAUCACAUACCUAACAGACAGUACACUCUACUGUUGCAAGUGGUUUCCUACCAGCAGAGGGUCUGAAAAAGCAUAAUUUCCUCUGCUCCUCUUUUAAGUUACUGCAGCAUGCUCCUGUUUUGUAACACAGCACAAAUCCAUGAAGCGUCUCCUUUUGUAACAUUUUAAAGGGCAGGAGAAGGGCCUUCGAUUCCGUGAAACCAGCACAUUUUUUAUUGCUUUGUAGCACUUUGUGGAGCAUUCCCUGCAAAUCAUCUCAGCUUCUUGCUGUAUAUUGCAGCUACAGAACGGUUAGUAGGGUGGAGGGUAGCUGGUUAUGGAGCUAACAAAGACUUUAGCAGAAGAGAUUACUCAGAAAAUGCUAGUAGCACUUAAGGCCAUUUAUGUAUUUAAUUAUUGUCACCAAUGAACCUUGAGGCAGGGCCAUAGGCAAAUAAAGGCGCAUUGUAGCUUCUGGAACUCUUUGCUCUGGGUAUGGUGAUUUGAUCCUGUGUGGUUCUGUGGUUCCAUGGUUGCUCCCCCAAAAAGUGCAUUCUUGGCUACCUGACCCAUUUCCCUGUUCUCAUUCUCAACAUGAAUUUGAGGAGAUGAACUGUGCUACACUCAAAGCCUGUUUGGGGAGUUGGGAUACAACAACAUCUGGAGGGACACAGGUUGUGUACUCUCCAAAACUCAAGCUAAUUCUUUUGUUUAAUUCACCCCACCUCUUUCACCACAAUCUCAAUACUGCAGCUGAAACACAUUUGCAUAAUUGUUUUAAUUUGCCCAACCAAUUUUGGUCAGAGCAUGCAAAAACCUAACUUGACUGUAGCAUCCCUUUAAUGCAGAUAUCAUAGAGUCGCAGCUGUCAGGCCUUAUGCAUUUCUUUCUUAUGUCUGCCUGGAAGAAUACAGGAGCCCUGAUCUCAGUUGGUGAUGAUGUGAAGACAAAACGUCUGGCUCCCACUUUGACUCCUGUAGUUUAAACUAGAUGCCUGUUUUUUCACUGUUUUAUCACACACACACACACACACACACACACACACACAAUUCCCUUGCAUUUCUUAGUGAAUUUGCUGGCCUCAGUUUUAUGCAUCCUGACAGCCAAGAGGUGAAAUGUACAUGAUUAUCUGGUGCAAACCAUGCAAAGGAAUUGUUGUAACAUCAGCAGCAAUUUGCAGCUCCCGGGAAAGAGAGUGCAAGUGUCAAGCUGAAUCAGUUAGGGUCCAGACAAGACUCCUUUGCUGCUAACUUUUGUGCUGAGUGUGGAGAGUUCCCAGUUGGAAAUGGAUGUCGCUGGUUGUGUGUUGUGCAGUAGAGGACAAAAGCUCAAUCCCGCUGGAAUGGGGAUGCAAAGCAGAGUUAUAGAUGAAACUCAGAAGUUUCUCCACCAUCCUUUGGGAGGACGGGUGGGAUAUAUGGUAAAUUUAAUAAAUAAAUGGAACAAUCCUCGUUUGAUGAUGGCAACUUCAUAGCUUGCAUGUGCAAACCGGUCAGAUAGAAAAUGACAACUAGAAUUCUUAUAGCUUCUCACGUUUGUUGUGGGAAGUUUGGGAGACCAUGAAAAGUGAACCUCUGCCUUUUCAGCAUGAUCUCCUGACACUGUUAAGGGAACAACUGCACUCAGAAUUUCAGGGAAGAACCAUUGCUCAGUGAUAGCGUAUCUGGUGAAGUCCCAGCUUCAUUCCCUGAAAUCUCCAGGUAGGGACAUCCCCCCUUUUAAUCUAAGCAUAAGAAUUCUUCCUUUCAACUGGGGCGAGCUAGAAAAGGUUGUUCUUCAGCACAGUCACAACAAUGCAGUUCUAUUCCAUGCAUCUAGGGGUCAACAAGAAAAGCCAUAGUCUGUUGAGACUUAGUAAAAUAAGUGCACAGCAAACCUUUGACUGUCCUUCUUUUGUGUGAGGCCUGUGCAAUUAUAGAGGAUGUAUGUAUUUGUCUGUGCUUCUUUGGUUCAUUAUGCUACAGAAAUGAGUGGCUCAUAUGCAAGAAAGCACCAAACUUUCAAAGUGAGGCAUUUUAAUUACUUCUGGCAGAUGAAAGCUUUUUAUUUCCGUGGCUUGUUUUUCUCCCCACAAAGCAAGAAAGGCGUCGAGGCUCUGAAUUUUAAAUCACUUCCCACAAUAUACAGGAUAUACCUGCACCAGGAUCAUUCACACAAAACAAGCCAUCGUGUGCACUGCUUGUGAAAAACAGCAAAGGCACAUACAUCAGAGCACCAACAUUAUGCCCAAUUACUAGCUGUGAUCCAAUAGGCACAUAUGCAUGUUCCAGAGUCAACCCCAUUCUCCCCUCUGAGUUUUUCCUGUCACCAGUAUGGAUGCUAAGUUUUUCCCCAUGUUUCCCUUUCCCCAUGUGCGAACAAAGUAACAGUGUUAGGACAAGUAUUGAAAUUCAUUUAGAGUCAUGUGGUUUCCUGGGUAGUUUGUUGGAUUUAGGGCCAUUUUUAAAAAUCCCUGCCUAGCCAUGAAGCUCACCGGAUGACACUUUUUCAGCCUAACUAGAGAUCAUUCUGAAAUCCUCACCAUCUGAUUUAAGAAUACAAUAAGUUGUAGCCAGAUUCUUUGUGUGUGGCGUUUACCACUGCAGAGGAGGACCCCCAACUCUUCAGUAUAACACUGCAGGGGAAGAGAAUUAAAAAUCACAUCAAGAUCACUGGCUUUUGGGGGGCAUCAUUUUAUCAUGUAUAUACAGUCACAUGCAUGCAUUGUAUUGCAAAGGAUAAAGUGGAACAAGAAGAACUGAAAACUGCAGCUAAGUACAUAUCUUCCAAUUCCAGAAUUAAUUAUAGAAAUUCUCUAUGUUGGAAUUAUAUUGAAGAGAGUGAAAUGCACCACAAAAAGGAGCUUCUGAAACAAUAAAGGAAUAUAGUACAGGAGGAAAUGACACAGCCCUAAGCGAACACACCUCACAGAGUUUUUGUGAGGAUAAAAUGUGAUGAUCUCCAUGUAUGCCCCUCUGAAUUCCAUGGAGGAAGGGCAGAAUGCAAACAAUGGUAACCCUUUGGACCAUUUAUCUUUUCUGAUAAAAGACAGACCAUCCUUAUAGGGAAUCACAGGCAUCAACACCUGUGAUGAGUGUAGCAGAUUCAGAGAAGAAAGGGGAUUGUAUAAACAAGGUUUGGAUAACAGGCUUGACAUGUUUCAUAAGAACAUAAGAGAAGCAAUGCUGCUUAAGAUAUUUUAAAAUGCAGGAAAUGUAAUACCUAAAUCUAUUUUUCCAAGGUCAGAAUUUUGUUUCGGGCACAAUCCUGGAAGCAAUUCUUGUGAUCAUUGCCCAUUUUGCGCAGAAAUGGAUGAAAAUGUUACAUUUCCUUUGUUACAUUUGUAUAGAAUGUAAAGAUAUGGAUGUGUGUGUGCCUGUGCCUUGCAAGUUUCAUAAAGUUGGGUUCUAGUUGGGAAUGAUUGUGGAAAGGCUUAGAAAACAGUCUUUCAAGCAGCAUCUCUGUGGCUUAAGGAGGCUAGAAGCAUAGCUCAGGUGUGUAGUCUCUAUGGAUUCCAAUGUGAGGAGGCUUUCUUCAUAUUUUAUUGUGCAGAACAUUCAAUCUUUAAUGUGGAUCAGAGAGUGAGGGCUAUUUCACACAAAGCAUAUACUUUGUUUUUUUUUAUAAGAUAUUUAUUAGGAUUUUCAGAAUGUUACAAAACAAAAAAAAAGAAAAAAGAAAAAAUACAAAGUAAAAAUGGUUAAAAACAAUUCCUUCCUUCCAUUACUUAUCCUUCAUUUGCUUAGUUUUCAGGACCUCCUCACACCUCCCUUUUUUGUAUUCCAGUUCAGUUGUUAGUUCAGCAAAUCCCUCCCCUCUUUGUAUAUCCUAAUCAUUAAUCAUAGAAUAUUGUAAUUUUAGAUUUUUACCCAUUAAUAAACCAUUUUUUCAUAUUCCCUUAUAACAUUUCAGCUAAAGAGCACUUAGUUUCUAUCCAACAUCAUUCUAACAUUCAUUAAUUUUGCAAUAUUUCUGUAGAUAGUCUUUAAACUUUUUCCAAUCUUCUCCCAUCGACUCUUCUCCCUGGUCUCGGAUUCUGCCAGUCAUUUCCGCCAAUUCCAUAUAGUCCAUCACCUUCAUCUGCCAUUCUUCCAAGGUGGGUAGAUCUUGUGUCUUCCAAUACUUUGCAAUGAGAAUUCUUGCUGCUGUUGUGGCAUACAUAAAAAAAGUUCUGUCCUUCUUUGGCACCAAUUGGCCGACUAUGCCUAGGAGAAAGGCCUCUGGUUUCUUCAAGAAGGUAUAUUUAAAUACCUUGUUCAAUUCAUUAUAUAUCAUCUCCCAGAAAGCCUUAAUCCUUGGGCACGUCCACCAAAGGUGAAAGAAUGUACCUUCGUUUUCUUUACAUUUCCAACAUUUAUUAUCGGGCAAAUGGUAGAUUUUUGCAAGCUUGACUGGUGUCAUGUACCACCUGUAUAUCAUUUUCAUAAUAUUCUCUCUUAGGGCAUUACAUGCCGUAAAUUUCAUACCUGUGGUCCACAACUGUUCCCAGUCAGCAAACAUAAUAUUAUGUCCAAGAUCUUGUGCCCAUUUAAUCAUAGCAGAUUUCACCGUUUCAUCCUGAGUGUUCCAUUUCAACAGCAAGUUAUACAUUUUUGACAAAAUCUUAGUUUUGGAUUCUAACAGUUCUGUUUCCAAUUUUGAUCUUUCCACCUGGAAGCCAAUUUUCUUAUCCAAAUUAUAUGCCUCCAUUAUCUGGUAAUAAUGAAGCCAGUCUCGCACUUUGUCUUUUAAUUUCUCAAAACUCUGCAAUUUCAAUUUGUCUCCUUCUUGUUCCAAAAUUUCCCAAUAUUUCGGCCAUUUGGCCUCCAUAUUGAGCCUUUUCUGAGCCUUUGCUUCCAUCGGUGACAACCACCUUGGGGUUUUAUUUUCGAGUAAGUCCUUGUAUCUUAUCCAGACAUUUAACAAUGCUUUCCUGACAAUGUGGUUUUUAAACGCUUUAUGUGCUUUAACCUUGUCAUACCACACACAAAGCAUAUACUUUGGAAUAGUUGUGCUUUAGUCGCUUGCUUUGUACAGGGAACCUGUGUGGUGUCAUUAUCAUCAGGUCAUAGACCUCCUUUGUUUUCCCUUUUCUCAGUAUACAAAAAAACCCCAUUAAAAUAUGAAAAGGGCAGAACACUAACUCAAACAGGGAUGGUGCUUAACAAGAGUGGGCCUUGACACAUUGCCCACUGAUGCUCUCUCGCAUCUCCUGCUGAUUCCUACCCACCCACCCACUGGAGCUGCUGAUCAGGCUCCGAGCCGUGAGUUUACGCAGUGGUGCCAAGCUCAAUUUCCACAGCUGUAGAUCACCGUAGUGCUACUCUUCUCUCUGUUAAAGAGCCAUGGUUUUGAUGUGUGCAGUGAUAAUAUUGGACAGGUUUGCCUACCAUCUGAAGGUAGGCUAUACAACUUGAUACAAUUACCUUUCAUUUUAGCCAUGAAUUUUUUAAACCAGUCUUUUCAUUUGCCUUUCUUUUCUUUUUUUGCCACAGAGCAAAUUUUAAAACUGAAUUUAACUAUCAUGCUGCCUUUUCAGUCAAUGCCACUUAUUUUUUUUAAAGAAGUGUGUUUCUUUUUCAUUUUGUUUUUAACUGCACGGAAGUGCUGAAAUAUUAAAAAGCACUUUGGUGGAAAAAAAAGAUUUUAAAAAGUGAUAUAAAUGGACUUCAAAAUGGACAUGCUCGAGUGAAUGCUUUCUUUUAUGCCCACACAUGCUGUCACGUCAUGCUCACUGCUGUGGACAGAACACAGCAGAAUGCACACACAUAAAAAUGUUAGAACCUUCCGAAGUGUGGGAGGUCAGCUGCAAUUCUCUAUGUUGCUUACAGUGGAAGAGCAAUGAUUGACAGAUCCCACAGCAACCCAAUCUGCAGGCACCCUGGGUAGCAGGCCCUAUGCCCAGUGGGAGGGAGGGGGAGGACUUCAGAUGUAAGUGAGCCUUAAGUAACUUGAAGAAAAGACAAAACAGAGAGAGAGUAGAAUAUUAUUGUUACUGUCAGUGUUGUGUCUGUCGAUAAAUUAAGACUUCCCCAUAGGCACAGAUGAAAAGCGGUGCAUUUUCCAGAAAGAUAUAAAACCCCAAGAUCUGUUGAUGGUAUAAUUAUACCUGAUUUCUUUUAAUGGAGAUAUUAUCAAGGGACCACAUUCCAGUCUCUCUUUCUCUCCCCAACCCCCUCUUUAAUAGCCAGCUUCUUAAUGGUGGAAAUUUACAUAGCUUUAUUAACAGCAAAUGCUCAGGCCUCAAAUUUCCCUCUAAAUGCAAUUGCUUCUAGCCUGCUUAUUAUGUACAGACAAAUCCAUUUGCUUUGCACUUUGUAAUAGAGCUGAUCAAUUGUUAAGUUGGUAAGUGGCAGAGAAAGAAAGAGGUUGAGAAAAUGUGAGGUGUUUGUGCAAGAGAGCGGGGAGGACAAGAUGCACUGUAUUCUUUGUAUAUCAUUGGAGUGUGAUUUACAGUUGGCUGCCUAUGUUCCUUUGUGUCACUACCUGGAGGAAUCUGGGUAUGACCCAGGUUGGUUUUCACCAGCAUAUGAGCCAGAAUAUUAUUGCUUGCUACCAUAAUCCUGGGAUUUAUUGCUGACUAGACCUGUGACUCACCUGCAUGUUUUCUCCAUGUCAGCAUGCCAGGUACUGCUAUAUAUAUUUUUAUUUUUUGGAGGGUUGUGCUUGUGAAUUAUCCCAUUUUUUUUUUAGGUUAUUAAACAGGAAUCUUGGGUUCAUUUGUGCUACUGAAGAAUGCACAAAGGCAUAAACCGUGCCCCCCCUUUUUAUUUUUGCUUUUAAAAAUGUAUAGCAGAAAUAAAUGCUACAUAGAAAAUAAAACACUAUAGCCCAGACAGAAAAUAGAAACUGCUGUGCUCAAAUAUAAGUUAUCGCUUGCUCAGGCUCCAAGGCUUAGCCUUAAAUGGUACAUAGUCCAUUGUCCUUGUUUCAUUCCUUUCUGCUGAAUGUUUUUAAACUGCUUGUGUUCGCUUUAUGAAACAGAUUUCCUGCCAUUGAGCCCCUUGAGCGCAGUAUGCUGCAAUUCCUUUGUUCUUUGCUGGUGACAGAGUAAAAUUUGGAUGAUCAUAGGCUGUAUUCCUCUGCCACAGGAGGUAUAAGAUGAGCUGAAAUGCUGGUCCCUUCCUGCCAUUGCAGUCCAAUGAGUCUGUGAUGGUACCCUUAGGUUUUUGACUCUAGUCUCUAUCCUCAGUUUUGUGGAAGCAUUUAUUGUUCAGAUUUAAUAGUAUUAGCUCUAGGACCCGGAUGGUUUGAAAUGCCUGCCUAGGGUAAAUUGCCUCGGAAUGUUUUAAGUAGGAAACAAUGUACAAAUUUAAUAAAUGAAACUAAGGUAUGAGAAGCUCAGGAUAAAUAUGCAUGCUGGUCGCUAUGAGCCUGCUCAGAUAUAUUGUUGUUUUAAACUAUUUUUGAAUGUUUUAAAUAACUUUCUCAAAUAUUUUUAUUUAUAAAUUUCUUGGUUUGUUCAUUUUUUUGUAAACCAAUUUGAAGGUUUCUUCUUACAAGUAGUGUAUACAUUUUGAUGAACUUUUAAAAGGUGCUGCAAAGACAGACUGGCAGCUCAAAGAUUCCCUCUCGCCUUUUCUCCUUUGCUUGGUAAAACAUUUGUGAAAGAAAUGGAAAAAAGAGGCAAAACAGGAUUUAGCCCUAGCAAUGUUGCCUUCCUUCAGAAUGGUAUGAGGAUUUAUGGGUACAGUUUGCUCAAGCCUGCAGUUUGAUGCAGGGGGAGGCAGCAUCUUCUCCCCUGUCCCCAGAUGAGUGAGUCGCUUUCUCCUUCAGUUUUGCACAAGCAUACUCUCAUGUGGGGAAGGGGGGUGUCUUUAAGUUGAGAGCCAGUGUGGUGAAGUGGUUAAGAGCGGUAGUCUCCUAAUCUGGGGAACCGGGUUUGCGUCUCCGCUCCUCCACUUGCAGCUGCUGGGUGACCUUGGGCUAGUCACACUUCUCUGAAGUCUCUCAGCCCCACUCACCCCACAGAGUGUUUGUUGUGGGGGAGGAAGGGAAAGGAGAAUGUUAGCCGCUUUGAGACUCCUUAAAGGGAGUGAAAGGCGGGAUAUCAAAUCCAAACUCUUCUUCUUCUUCUUCUUCUUCUUCUUCUUCUUCUUCUUCUUCUUCUUCUUCUUCUUCAGAGCAUCUCAAUCAGGUUUUUGAAGGCUUGGAAAAACAUCGCUCUCUGACAAGCUGAGGAGCUGUCCAAAAACUGUUGGUGCUGAACAGCUGUUCUGUUGCACUAAAAUCACGUUAGACAUGAUUUUAAACAUUUCUUUGAAUCCUGUGCUUGAGAUUCUCCUCUUUAAAAACCAAUCAAACAAAGGUUAAGAGCAGUUGUGGAGGGCUCAUUCUUGGUCGGAGCUUUGACCCAGGGCAGAAGGAAGAUUAACCCUUUCCACUUGCCAUUUCCCUUGCUGAAAAUACUCCCUCCUCCCCACUAGCAGUGCUUUCUGCAAGGGGGGGGGGUCUUAAUCCCUGAAUAUUAGUGGCUGAAUCAGCCACCAUGGCUGCUUUUACUAAAAGAAUCAGAGAAGGACAAAAUCAAGCACAGGAUUCAAAGGCACAUUUAGUAUCAAUUAUAGCUUGCCCCAAGGACUCAUAUUAGAAGUGGCAGGGCUGUCAUUAACGCGUCUGCCCUGUUCAAGUGUAAAAUGGUGUGUCAAGGAGCAUGUGGGAGAAGGCCAUUGAACCAGCCCCCACUUCACCACACCUCGGUCCUUCCCUCCCUUCCCAUCUCAGAUAUCAGGCAUGAGCUGGAAAGGGAGUAAAUUGCCUGGAGUAAAGUUUUGAGGGGAGGAGAUGGGAGGAAAGGAAAAGGAAAUGAUCAGCACCUGUCUUUUAUGUGUUCAUUUUCUGUUAAGGAAGGAUCCUGUCCACUUGGCCACCUUAUAGGUGAAUGAGGGAGACAUCGGAAAAGAGCAAGUUAUCUGCCAUGGUCACAUCUAGUUUAACCCUAGAUGUGAACAAUUGGUAGUGUUGUUUCCCAUAAAAGGGCCCUGCAGUAGCUUGCAAGAGUCUUUCAUCUAUAUAUAGCAGGUUCCUCCUGUUUCUCCCCCUGGUAGGGACAGCUGUCUAUUGUUCGGAACCCAUGGUAACAGGAUCUGUGGUAUAUUUCCAAAAUGUAAAGACGCCUGCUUAAAUCCAUGCAUUGCCAGUUAGAACACUUAUAAAACCUGUUACCUUUAAUUAAAGAGACAACUCUUUUUCUCAGAAACACAUAGCUGAUUAGAUUUAUUGACUGCUUUUGCAUGAGGGACGCAGAUAAAUAGCUUUAUGCCAUUGUAAAUUCUGAAAGGGAAGGUCUUUUGCCCUUUUGGGUUUGAUUCUCUCAGAAAAGAAGGUGCAUAAACAAGGAGGAAUCAACGAGCUGUUAAUUUUUCCUUUUUCAUGAAAUAUGUUUGUUCCAAAUGAAGACUUCUUAACUGGGUGCUUUGAAAUGUGUUGGGGGGAGGGAGCGACUACCUGUAAAGAUCCUCAUUAUAUAAUUGCCUUGUAUUUAAAAUAGGCAGUUGUGUGAGCUUGUAUGCAGAUAGCAUCCUGUUCUGUCAUUAGUCAUCACUUGACACCUGUGCACAGCCUAAAUGGGUCCACACCAGGGGGAGUAGAAGCACGGUAGCCAAGCAGACAUUGGAGUGAAUCAAGCAUGCACUGAAGGCAGUUGAGGUGGAAGCUCUUUGAUUAAAAUUCCACUGUCGCACUGAAGAACUGCUUUCGCUUCCCACCCCCACCCCUUCUCUGGUGGAUUUCAUUCUACACUUGGGAUGCAGUAACAUUAUCCAUCUUUGCCGGAAAUGACUUAUCUCCAAGGUUCACAGACAGCAAUUUCGGAACAUGCUAGAUUGCACAAAGUGUCAAGCUUUUUUAAAACAUGCUUCCCAGGGAUGAUAGAUCCCCUUAAAUCUGCAGACUUCAUUGCGAUUGACAUACGAACCACCAUGACCUGCUCAAUCAGUAUAAUUCUUCUCCCAUUACUCAGGUGAGCAAUCCCAAUGGAUGGUUUGCCCACUUCUGCACUUCACAGGAACAAAUGAUAAAUAUAACUCUAGUUCUGACCAGACUUUUUGUAACUGCCCUCUUUGCUGGGUGGAGGAGCAACCGCAUCCUCAUCUCGCCCACCACACAGAUGUAUGAAGAUGUUCUACACCAAUGGCCAGUUCAUGCAAUUCUUCUCUGUAGGGACUAGCUCCCCCCCCCCAAAAAAAAAGUAGGGAGGAGAUUUCAUGGACUUGCACUUCCACUCUCUCUUGUCAGUGUUUAGGGUUGCACUGCCCAUCCCUUAGGAAACCCAGAAAGCCAUGAGGAAUAUAGUAAACAGUGAUGGAUAUGAUUAGAUGGAUGGCCUCUAAGAAUAAUUCAGUAUGAUUAAGGAAAAAACAAUGGAGGAAAAAACAGAAAGCUAGAGGAUAUGAAAUUGGGAGAUGUGCCCCAACUAUCAUGGGAAAACUAAGACUUGCCCCAAUUAAAAACAAGCAAACAGGCACUCUAUGAUGUCCUUUCUUGCCGAACCGUCCACUGUUGCCAUUGAUUUACAGUUAAGAAGGGCUAGCAGCAGGAAUGCAAUUAAUGCUGACGUUAGUAUAUUGGUCCUGUCCUCUGUAAGGAAGCAGAGGUUUGCCGAGAUCAAUUUUGUGCUGGAUGUCUCAACUUGGGGAGCAAUAACUUGGAAGUAAAACCCAGGUUAAUUUGAAAAUAGGUCAAUGGGAUGUGAAGAUAGCCCACUGUAAUCUGAAUCCAUCGUAUCAGCUUCAAAAUGUCUCCCUUGGUUGAUUAAAUUACCUGUAAGGGAGAAAUAGCAGGAGAAAAGCCUGCUGCAGAUUUAUUCUGGGAUACGUGCAGCUGUUCAAGACAGAUGUCCAAAAACAACCCAGCAAAGCUUUCCUGUAUAGGUGAACAUGAUGCCUUUAACUGGCUUAAUUAAAGAGGAAACAAUGUCAGCCAUCACUCAUGUUAUUUCUUAUUUAAUAAACGCAAGCUGGUCUCAUUUUGCAGACUCUUGUCUGCUCGUCUGCUUUGUUAUACUGCUUUCCAGAGCAAUCUUAAUUAAUGAUAUCCUCAUAAGAGGUUUGUAGUGUCGGCGGCAAAAGGGGAUUCAUGGGAAUUCAAUCAAAAGCAGAUUUCACUAGUCAAUUCUUCUUCUUCUUCUUUUAAGAUUAAGUUUUCAGAAGCGACUGGCCUUGGAUGCAAAGAUCAUUCCCCGCCCCCAAACAAAUCUGUUAAGCUUUCAGCGAAGAAAGCAUUUGUGUUCAAUUUUAUUUGCAUAAUUUCAAGCGCCAUUAAUAGUACAUGGCAUGAGGAAAAAUUACCAAGAUUUCACUCCAACCAUGAGUGAAAUUGGGUUUAGUAGAAAAUUAGUUGACUUAACUGGCAGAUGAUGAAAGCUUGAAUAGAGAAUGUUUAAAUAAGGAGGAAUUGUAGAAAAGGAACUUGAAGGUGCAGGCUGAAUUGAGAUCAGGGCUCAAGUUAAAACAUAUUAGCUAAAGUGAAAGAUAAAUGGAGACUGAUAGUGAAUUCAGAAGGAAGAAUCCAACAACCCUCUCUACUGAUCAUUCUGUCAGUGCAAGCAUUCCUGCUUACCAGGUGGAACCAUCCCCCUCUCCUCCCCAUUUGCAUUGUUCUAGGGGUUCUUCUGCCCUUCCAGAGUGGAUUGGGGUGAGCAUGGGUAAAGGUGGAAGUCCCAUUGCACUAGCUAGCUUGCUUGGCAAUUUAGUGCAAUUUUUCCUUCUCAGGAAGAGCCACAGGGCUAGAUUUCCCAGUUCAAUAUAACUCCAUCAAAUACAUAGAACUGGUAUACAUUUUUGCACCGGCUGAUGAGCUUGGGCUUUGGUUUUAUGAAAAAUUAUACCUAAUGAUGGCAGACUAUAAUUGGUGUUCACCAUUAGGUUACAGAAGAUCUAUCGCAAGCCUGUACCUUUAUUUUUCUUGAGUAAUUUGUGUGAUAUAAAUGGAAGCGCAUAAUAUUUGUGUGAAUUCUGCCACACAAACUAUGACACUGGGCCAAUUAAAAUCUGGAAAGCAGAUUAAUUUUCAAAUGAACACCCAUUUUACAAUCAGGCUAUCAUAAACCCAUUCAUCUAGUACAAGAGCAGCCAGUGUGGUGCUUUUCAGUUGUUAUUAGACUACAACUCCCAUCAUUCCUGCUCAUUGGUCAUGCUGGCUGUGGCUGAUGGGAGUUUGUAGUCCAAAAAAUCAGUAGGGCAUCCCAUUAACUCCCCUAUUAUAGUACUUUCAAUUUGCAAAGUACAAGUUUCAGCUGAUUCAUUCUCACAGUAAGCUUGUAAACUAGGUCACAAUGAGAAACACAUUUUAUUAAGGAGAAAAGAAGCUGCUCAUAAUUUUUCUUGCUCCUUUGUGUGUCUUUUCUGUAAUUGAAGUCAACAGUUCAUUAUGGUGCACAACAUUCAUAAGGGCCUAUUAUUCUAUGUUUUCUCUUGUGUACAUUCCCACUCAUUCCUGUGUAUGCGUUUGACUGUGUGUGCAGCAGAAAGCAAGGGAGGGAGAUCAGUUUGAAGGCAGGAUACACCUGUUGCCAUCAAGAUGGUAGCCAUAUCUGUCAUGUUUGGAAAGAAAUAAACUAAUGAUAUGAGGGAUGGUGACUUGCCAAAUGCUACCUAACAAGGGAGCAAGUGAAGCUGUGGUCUAAACCACUGAGCCUCUUGGGCUUCCCGAUCAGAAGGUUGGCAGUUUGAAUACUCAUGACAGGUUAAGCUCCCGUUGUUCUGUCCCAACCUAGCAGUUCAAAAGCACACCAGCACAAGCAGAUAAAUAGGUACCACUAUAGCAGGAAGGUAAAUGGCAUUCCUGUGUGCUCUGGCUUCCGUUACAGUGUUCUAUUGCACCAGAAGUAGUUUAGUUAUGCUGGCCACAUGACCCAAAAAGCUGUCUGUGCACAAACACCAGCUCCCUCUGCCUGAAAGUGAGAUGAGCGCUGCACCCCAUAGUCGCCUUUGACUGGACUGAACCAUCCAGGGGUCCUUUACCUAACAAGCUCAUGACUCAAAUUCAGGAAGAAUUAUCACAUACUCAUAUCCACAGUACCAUACCAAGUUUCAGGUGCUGGAAUAAAUAAGAAAUUGGGGCAAAUUUACCACAAAGCUGACAAUAAAAUUCACUCUCAUUUUCCUCAUCCCAUAACACAUGCUAGCAUCCAUUCCACUGACUGCACAACACAGCUUCCUUGUGUUGAGGCAGGUAUAAGUGUGGCGAUCACACAGGGUCCCCGGACGUUUGAUGGUCUAUUGAUCCCUGUGCUACCACUGUGAUCACUUCCCCGCUGCCACCAACCCAUUUCUCUGGGUACACACUGAGUCCAGACAGUUGUUAACAUUAAACCAAAUAAACAAGUUUAUUUUAUAAGCAGUAACAAGUUUAUGGUUUCAGAUAAUUUUUCUUGUUAGUUUCUUAACCUUAGUUUCUUUACCGGCCUAUACCUUCCUGAUACCUUCUAACUGAUUAUCCCAACUGUUGAACUUACUCCUCUUAAGAGAUUCUCUCACAUCAAACUAGCCCAACCCACAGACUUAACCUCCCUCUCCCUUCUGUAACUCCAGGCUGACUUCUUAACAACUCUAGGUCUAACUCUAACUCCACCCCUUGGGUUCCUAUUGGUUAAUCGUUUUACAAUUUGUUAACCCUUUCCUUAUGAACCCAGUAUGAUGUCACACACUUAGGAGGGCAAACGCCACAAUAAGAUUGUAGCUUUUCUUCAACGUUGAGAAGAUGAAAUGCAACUCAGCCAACCUUCUGUGAUUCCCACUUUUAGCUGUCCACUGUGUCUUGCAAAACCCUCAGUGGCUGAGAUUUCGUUGCCUAGUAGGUCAUGGAGCUGCCGGCCAAUUACCCUUGUGCUCCUGGAAACACAGAGAUAAAUGUUAUUGCACUUCUCCUUGACAGUGCUAACCUUCCCACCCUCCGCUGUGUAAUCUUGAAUUGUAUCUACUGUGGCCCAAUAGGGCUUUUUUCCCUCAGAGAAAAAAGACUGAAUGGAAAAACUUUGUAACAAAAGUGUACUAUUUGCAGGCAGUAGAACUCGGUGCCUGUAAAAUGUAUAAAUGACAUUCAUGUCUGUGAGGAGACCCUGCUGUCAGUUUUAUGCAACCAGCCUUAGAGAUUCACACACCCAACUCAGCUUGCUGCUUCCCUGUGCUAACUCCAUCCAAAGUCAAAUGACCUCAGGUUUGUUGACUGAGUCAAUAGACAAUCCUUGGGGAAUGCCCAUAGCUCAGUAGUAGAGUGUCUGCUUUUCACUCAGAUUCACCCUGAUUCAGUUCCCAGCAUCUCCAGGUUGGGCAGGGAAAGACUGUCUAAAACCAAGGAGAACUGCUGCUGUUCAGUGCAGACAGUACUGAGCAAGAUGGAGCAAUGGUCUGACAGGGUAUAAUACAUAUUCCUACAUGCCUAAGUAAGUUCCCUGUGUGUCCAUAAGGGCAGAAGUAGUUAACUUUUACAUACAACGACUGGAGAGGUUACCUGUAGAAGAUCUUGGAGGGAAGUCUUUUGUACUUUGGGGGAAGCACUGUAGCUCAAUGGCAGAGCAUCUGUUUUGCAUGCAGAAGGUCCUUGGCUCCAUCUCUGCAUCUCCAUGUAUCACUGAGAGAGACCCCUAUCAGGAACCCUGAAGCGCCAACCAGGGUUGACAAUACUGAACUAGGUGGAGCAACAAUGAUUCCAUAUAAGACAGCUUCCUUUGUUUCUGACCCUCUGCUUCUGCCCCACAACUGAUUUGUCCAUCCUGCUAUAGCCCUGUUGUUCUAUUCAGUAUGCAGCCCAUCCUACUGAUUUCCCAAGCUGACUGACUGGGGGUCAGCCCCCCUGGGACUGUCUUACAGUGAACCAAGUGAACUAGGCUUUUCAGGUGGGCAAAUGAAGCAUUUUAAAUUUCAAGGAAAGAAGAGGCCCAUCUUGACUCCUUGCUUCUGAUGUGGAGAUGUGUAACCACUCGCCGCCCCACCCCCGGGCAUAGCUCACUUUCUUCCUGGCUGAUCUGGUAGCAGCUGUUGUGGGUAAUUCAAUGAAGUUAUGAGAAAGCAUUCAGCUGAUGAGUCUUUAUUUUAAAAUUCCCUGAAGGCCUAUUGUACCAGUUCAAAGGGAACACUAUGAUCCUUCAAAAUUCAAAUAAACAAAUGAAAACAUCACCACGAGAACAACCUUCACCAGUGUGCCUUUCUCCUGUAUUCCUGCUGACCUAGUCAAUAGUCACAUGUAUUCCUUGUCAUCUGCAUAUUCCUCUUUUUUUGAACAUUGAGUUUUCCCAUCUAUGAUAGAUAAAAUGGCUGCUACAUUGUACUGCCACACUGAACUACCACUUCGGAUAGUGCACACCCUUUAAAAAUCCAAUAUCAAGAGGGUAUCAUCGUUUUCUUUCUUUAUAAAGGGACAGCUUCCUCUUACCAAAGGCCGAAUGGUCAUGUUGGGAGCCACAGAGGCAAGUGAAAUUGUCCUCUUUUCCAUUGGAUAGUUCUUCUUUGGGGCAGCUUCAUUAUGGGGCUGCCUAGGGCUGAAGGAUGGGAUAAGGCAAGUGGAAAUAGUCAGCCUCCAUAUGCAAAUGCAGAACUCUCCCCUCAAAUGUGUUAAAAGCUGCUCUAAGCUGAUGUCCAUAUUCUAAGAAUCCACAAAAUCUCCCUUUCCUCUUUGAUUUUGCACUUUAAUUCUUUACUGCUGAGAUGCUCACAAAGUGCCAGAAAAUCUCUAGCAAGCUGACCUGCUACUCCAUAAUGGGCUGCUGAGCCCUUCUGCAUUGCUUCACUUUAUUUAUGUGGUGUGGUUUUUUUUAAGGUGGCUGUCAGGCACAAGAGACUUUCUAUUCAUGUCAUCUUCCCGGCCAGCCACUUAGCGUAAAAUUGCCCAUAAAAGUGAACUUAAAUUACAAGUGAUAAAACCACAGCCCAUCCUAGCCACUGCCAGCUUUUUUUCUGUUCUACAUGGCUCUGAAGCUUAUAUUCUUUUUGACAAGAGCAAUGAAGCAGCUUCACAUACUUAUCCCCAGCUAAAUCACCUUAAAUUGAAAAUCCUUGUUUUUCCUUGCUUGGAAUGUAGCAUGGUCCUUCACUAGUUUCUUCUAAGUGUUUCUUAGUAUCAGCAGAAUGGUUUGCGCUGGUGGAACGCUUGACUGCAUGUCCCUCAGCUAAUGCCAGAUGUGAGGCCUUCCGACGUAUCCGCUUGUUUUUGUUUGUUACAUAAGCUACCCCAUAACAAAGAGCAGCUCACAAAGCCAACACACACACACAGCUCACAAAGCCAACACACACACACACCAAAAUACAAUACAGAACAGGAAAAACUGUAACAAAAUAAUUUUUAAAAAUGAAGCAUAAUUACAGCUCGGUGAGAGGUAAACUACAUUUCCCAGGGUUAUUUGGGGGGGAGCCAUGGACUCUAAAUGUAUGGUGUGCAUGCAGCUGAAGAAAAGGGGCAGAGCAAAGAGGUGAGCCUUGCCAAGGUUGGAGGUGCUAAUACAGUGGUACCUCGGGUUAAGAACUUAAUUCGUUGUGGAGGUCCAUACUUAACCUGAAACUGCUCUUAACCUGAAGCACCACUUUAGCUAAUGGGGCCUCCCACUGCCGUCGUGCCACCAGAGCACAAUUUCUGUUCUCAUCCUGAAGCAAAGUUCUUAACCCAAGGUACUAUUUCUGAGUUAGCGGAGUCUGUAACCUGAAGCGUCUGUAACCUGAAGCGUCUGUAACCCAAGGUACCACUGUAAGGUGUUUCAGGAUGAGCAAGAAGGAGCAGGUAGUGAUGCAAGGCAAGAGAGUAAGGUGGGGGAAAUGGUAUGAAACAAGGAGAAGGAAAUGCCAAUGGCAGGAAGCAGUGAAAAGUGGGGACUGAUGGGUCCUUCAAUUUCCAAGCCUUGUGAGGCACCUUUGCGACUCCCCCCUCCAAUCCGUUCCUGCAGCCACAGUGAUUCCUCAAGUCUACCAGCUUUUGAAACUGCAGCCCACAAGCUUUGUGCUGUGGCCAUCUGUGGCCAACCUGGAGCUGCAACUACAACCACUAAGAACUACCUUCAGAAGCUGAGGUGACUUGCAUGACUCACUGAAAUUGUAACUGAGUGCUCAUCCACACAGCAGCACCUUCCCUUUUUCCCCGCUGGCUGCUAUAAGCAUUUAUCUGAGAGUAUGGGAAGCGUCCCCAGGGAAAGGUAGGCAUCUUUAGGUAGAGCACUCUCUCAACAUUCAUCAUGAGAGGCCUGUGCUAGAGAAGGCUGGGCCCAUGAUGCUAGGCCCAUAUAAAUUUAUAGUCAUCUUAGAGUUUCACUAGCCCCUCUGUAGGUCCUCUGCACCAGAGAUGGUGAACCUGUGACCCUCCAGAGAUGUUUUUGGACUCAGUGAAUGUAAAUUCUAUCUGGGGAGAGAUGGUAUGGCUGGGGAAGAGGGAUAUGGCUUGGGGAGAUUCUCAAGGGCCAGAAAGAAAGGGUGGAGGGCCACAUUUGUCCUCCUCCCCACCUCUGCUAUAUUGACGCCCUUCCCUCCCUUUUCACCUCUCUUUCUUGCUCUUUCCAGUAACUUAGGAGUGCCUCCUGGCCGGGGUAAUUGUCCCUUGACAGUCCCUUUGCCCUUUGACCUCAUUUACACAGACUACCAUGGGCUACAGCAGAUGAAGCAGCACAUGGGCCUCUCCUUUAAGAAAUACAGGUAAGAAGAACUUGGUGGGCUUUUAUGUCCACCUCUUGUAUCUUUUUUAUAAGCAAGUAGCUAGGGUUGCCAUAUUUCAAAAAGUAAAAACAAGGACCUCCCAAAAGUAGUUGAGCUUUCUUUCUUUUUUUACAAAACUGUCAAAAAUUAUGUGUUUUUUUUAUUUUUGGAAAUUCCCACAGAUGUCACUUCCGCCUUUGAAAUCCGGAUGUAUGUCAGCCCUAAAGUAAUAAUUUUUCUCAAUACCUCUCUUGGCUAAAAUCAAGUCUAAACUAUUUACAAACUAAAUGUUUGAUGGUUAUUUACAUUGUAUAUGCAUGGUUUAUAUUUCUUGGUGGUGGGGUAUAAGGAGAUUGAUUGUUAUAUGUAUUUUAAAAACUGAAAAAUAAAGUUAAGAAGGACCUCUCCAUUGGUGCCCUUUUUGAUAUUGUUUCCAUUCUUCUCUAUUCUUUUGAAACCACAGCUGUAUUUAGGACUUUUGCUUUACAUGAUGAUGAUUUUAUUUAAAUGGGUUUCUUCUUAAGAGCUGGUUUUUUGUCUGCCAUUUCAAAAGAUCAAAAUGCAUUGCACUAUUAUUUUCCAAGAAUUUAACCGCACACGAUUAUUCCAGAGACUGAAUAGAAUUGAACCUGGAAUUCUCUUGAACUUUUAGCCUUUCCUUAUCCUUCAAGCUUCCAAAAGUAAAUUUCCACAACACAAGUUUCCCUUGGCCCAGUUUAUCUCCAUGUCUCUGAGAGCUGGUAAAUUGCCCAGUGAAUGGCUUCCAUGCUGCUUCACAGCUGCCGUUGUUACAUGCUGGGAUGUGUUUGCAAAGGUGAAAGAGCAAUCCUUCAUACCACUCUCUUAAAUGAAAUAAUAAUAGUAUCACUUUCCAUGGAGAACACAGAGACCCUGGGGGGGUUAUGGACCUGUGAGUGAGAGCAAGGAUAAAUAAUAUAUCAGCACUCUGGAGGUGUGUUCUGCAAGCAUCUCUAGGAGAGAGAAAGAGGCAGGCAGGUGAAUGGAUCAACUUGGGACACCUCUGCCCAUUUUGUCCCUCCUCUUGAGGUUUUAAAAAGUUCAGCUCAAAGACUCUUGCCAGAUCAGCAGCUAGCAAAAUUUUGUGAUUUAAUUUAGCACUGGUAGCCCAAGUAUUCAUUACUCUUUCUCCAAUCCCUCCUGUUAUCCUGCACAAUUUUAUGAGGGAGAAAAAUGACAGGCGGUGUUAUUGCCUCUAUUGUAAAUCAAUUUUCUCUCUGCAUUCAGCUUGGUUGGAAGAGAGGAGUUGUUAUUCCUGUGCUUGCUUUCUACUUGCUGUGUUUUUUGACUUCUCUUCCCCUUUCUCUUUUUAUCAGUGCCAUAAGCCAGUUUCAGGGUGGCUAGGGUGUGGGGGUCAGGGGAGUCAUGUCAACAGAAAGAGAGGGAUGAGCUCUUGCAAAACCAGAUGUGAAAUCAAUUUUGAAUACAAGUCUCAUAUAUUCAAACUUGAAUACAUCAAGCCUCUUCAGAUUUAACAGAAUGAGGAUUUUGGUAAUUGACUCCUGUGAUACCCAAACAUUUGUCACCAAGACGAUUUGUUCGUGUUGCGUCUUUGUUUCAUUUUAGGGAGCUGUUGCCUCAAGACCUCAUUGCCCACCUCCACCCCUGUCUUACCUUCUGCUUCACUCUUCUCCCUGUCUCACUGCUGACCAUAUCCACCCCUUUCAUUUCUUCUUCUUCUUUCAACCUAGAUCUAUCUUUCUUCUUCAGAGAAAUAUGAUGCUAUCCAUCAUUAAGUGAUAUUAUUGGCUAUGCAACUCAUGCUGGUAAAUUAUGUGUUGCAGGCUCCUUAUAUAUUUGAGAAAGUGGGUUUUGGUGAUAAUAAAAAUAUGUAUUGUAACUAGGCAUGAGCAAACUCAUUAAAAGACGCCUGCUUCUUGGGAGAAAAGCAAUGACAAACCUAGACAGCAUCUUAAAAAGCAGAGACAUCACCUUGCCAACAAAGGUCCAUAUAGUUAAAGCUAUGGUUUUCCCAGUAGUGAUGUAUGGAAGUGAGAACUGGACCAUAAAGAAGGCUGAUCGCCGAAGAAUUGAUGCUUUUGAAUUAUGGGCCUGGAGGAGACUCUUGAGAGUCCCACGGACUGCAAGAAGAUCAAACCUAUCCAUUCUUAAGGAAAUGAGCCCUGGGUGCUCACUGGAAGGACAGAUCGUGAAGCUGAGGCUCCAAUACUUUGGCCACCUCAUGAGAAGAGAAGACUCCCUGGAAAAGACCCUGAUGUUGGGAAAGAUGGAGGGCACAAGGAGAAGGGGACGACAGAGGACAAGAUGGCUAGACAGUGUUCUCGAAGCUACCAGCAUGAGUUUGACCAAACUGUGGGAGGCAGUGGAAGACAGGAGUGCCUGGCGUGCUCUGGUCCAUGGGGUCACGAAGAAUCGGACAUGACUAAACGACUAAAUAACAAAUGAGCAAACUCACAUCACCUCAUUUUAAAGUCCCUUUUUGAGACCUUUUUCCUGCCAGCACUCAGCUUCAGUAUUCACAGAAGAUGCUCAUCGGAGGGAGAGGAGUGGGUUAUGUGUAAGUCUUCCUCCCCUCCCAGUUUACCAACCUACCAUUCCUGUCUUCUUCCUUUGGGAAAGGAGAGGUCACCAGUAGUUGUGACAGCUAGACAGAGACACAAGAGGUUUUGCUGAGCCUCUCCGGGGAGCAUCAGUUUUGUAGUUUCCUUAACAUUUCCAGUUAAAGAAGAAGCCAGAAAAUGAGGACCUCCACCAAAACUGGGCAUGGCACAAUGGCUCUAGGAUAAUGUAUCACUAGCUCAUAUUUUUGUGUUGCUCCUAUGCAGGACAUAACCGGCAUGGCUUUUGUUCGUUUCCCUUGCACAGAUGCCGUGUUCGAGUGAUUGACACUUUUGGGACUGAGCCUGCAUACAACCAUGAGGAAUAUGCCACACUGCAUGGGUACCGGACAAACUGGGGCUAUUGGAAUCUGAACCCAAAGCAGUUCAUGACAAUGUUUCGUAAGUGGUAUCAACAUUUGACAGUGAUUUGCCAUGGAGAGGUGUGUGAUGACAGUGGGUGCUCAGAUAGAAUAGCAGACCCUUCCUGAGUAAGGCUAGAAGUCCAUGGCAUCCAACUUUCCCUUGCCCAAUGCCCUCCAGCUGUUCUGGACUACAACGCUGUAUUUUACUUUCUAUUUUUUCAAAUAGCUGCUUUGAGCAUCACUUGGUGGGAAAGUGAGAUAUAAAUUUAACAAACAAAUAACCUGUUUUCUGCUCUCUCCAAUGACUUGUAUUCAGAGAUGACUUGCAAAUAUGGAAGGGGUGUUUGUUUACUUGCUAGUUUGCUAUCAUGGCCAAUAUCUGCUAAUAGGGAUAUCUUUCCCACCCCCCUUUAAAGCUAUUUAAGUCAGUGAAUUCCAAAAGCUAAUUGUGCAUUGUGUGAAAAGGUUCUUCUUUUUGCAUGUCCUGAAUCUCCUGGCUUCAUUGAAUGGCUUCAUUGAGUGGCUUCAUUGAAUGGCUCUGAGUACUAAUGUUAUGAGAGAGGAAGAAACAUUAUCAAUAUCUACUUCCUCCCAAAACAUGCAGAAUUUUAUUAACUUUUACAAUGCCCCCCUUAGUUAUCCCCCUGCUUUAAAAAGUUCCACAUUUUUCAGCUUUCCUCAUGGAGAAGGUCUUCCGAGUUCUAUAUUUUGAACAAUUUGUCUACUGUCCAGGGUACUGAAAGUCCUGUCUCUAAUACCACUUGUUCAUGGAGUCAUGAUCCAGGUUCCCCACCCGUUUCUUCCCUGCCUGUCCUUCCACUCUGCCCCAGACUACUUCCAAAUCUACAUCCUCCCAGCUUGUCCAUGGGUUCUGCCUCACCAGGAAUGAGCACACAUGAAAAAGAAAAGGCAUCGUUUGAGGUUCCUUAAUCUGUCCAUACUUAAUUAAGCACAGAUAAACCCCAAGUACAUGUUACAUUCUUUGCUCUGAAAGUAGCAAAUCAUUUUCUGAGCUGUCACUUAUUCACAUGACCACUUUACCAAUUCACAUGAUUGUUUUUCAAGUGUCCUAACACACACACACACCCCAUACACCCUCGGCUUGGAUUGCAGGUUGAACCAAUGGCCUGAAUCGUUUGUCUAGAGUAGAAUUUAUUGACACACCAUUCUCAAAGCCGGUAGAAAUAAAACACAGGGAAUAUAUUUGGAAGCUUUCCAAGAUGAAGAAGCCCCCAAAGUAUCAUGAAGACAGGAACUGAAAGUUCCUGUGCCCUGUGUUAUGUCCGUGCCAUGAAAAGGGUAAUAGAGAUACUGUCACAUUUGCACCUCCAAGUUGAUUUCCCGAGGGUUCUGGAUAGGCAGAUUUGCUGCUUCCACCUGACCUUAACCUUGACAAUGAUGCCCCAAGGAAAAGCUAGCUUAAUGGGGCCUGCCUUUUUAAUUAGCUUUCAUACUUUACUGUCCCACUCCCACUGUUUUUGCUAAUUAUGUUUCCAGGCUGUCCCAGCAUCUCCCCUUCUCCCCAGCAUGGCCAGGGUGAAAGACUUGUAACAGACACAGAGCUAUUUUGAUGCAAGUAACUCUCUCCAGCUCUCUGGGAGCUGCCAAGAUAACCAAUCAUUCCUCGCCCAGCUAGAAGCACAGUGACAGCAGGAAGAGUAGGAUGUGGUUUCAUGGGUAAAAAUAUCUUCAGGACUGUAUUGGGAAUGAAAUAAAUGGGCCUUUGCAAACCAGCAGUUAGGAGAAAGCUUUAUUUUUGUGUUCCCUCCUUUGAGACAUGGCAUUGCACAAAUUAAGUCUCAGAAUUCUCUGGGAGUUAAUGGGAGAUCAGUUCAGAACAACUGUGGUGCACAAUUCUUGUUGGAAGGUUAAGGAGGGAAGGGAAAGGGGAAGAGGACGCCAACCUUCUUUAGAGGCAACAAAGGUCCUGAAAGCACCCUCCUAACUAGGUGGACUGACAAUUGCAGUAUAACAGCUAGGAAAAUAUAACAUCAUUGCUGCCAUUCCAUCAUGUACUCAAAUUUGUGGUGGGCACCAUAGCUGUCAACCUUCCCUUUUUUUUUGCGGGAAAUUCCCUUAUUCCAGCACCGUUUCCCACUACUUCCUGCCGCUAUCCCGGAUUGUUAGUUAUCCCGUAGACUGUCCCCGGGACAGGUGAGGCUGCUGAUCCCUUAUUUUCAAAUCUGAAAGUUGACAGCUAUGGGUGGGCACCAUCAUUGCACCAAACAGAAAAGAGUUUCUUUGCAGAGACAUGAAAUAACCCAAAGCUUUGCAAGCCAACUCUAUCAGUUGAUCGCUUCUGGGUCUGCUCUUCAGUGCAGUCCAGUCUUGACUGUGGUUUUCAACUGGGAACAUGCAGCUCUCCCUUUUUUGCUUUAUACAAAACAAAGGAGUUUGGUUAAGUUUUAUUGUAUUUUAUUUUAUUUAUUCCACAAACACCCACUUCCUGCAGAAUACGGCUUCCCCACCACACCAAACUUUAUCCUCCCAGUAACUCUGUGGAGUAGGUCCCUGAUUGUGCAGACAAGUCCAUCAGUGAACAGUUCAUAUGAACAUAGCAUCUAGUCACAUGAUCUACCAAACACAUCUACUGCCUUGUGCCACCACCCCAUCCUCCAGCAUUCUCCCCCAGCUGCUGGAUUCCUGUUGUUACUUCCCAAAAAUAUAUCCUGUGACAUUUCAGUGAUCAUGGAAAUCUACUGAAGUGCAUGGCCAAAAUGUCACCUGAGAAAACAAGAGAUAAAAAGCACAUGAACACCUUAAGAGCUAUCCAUAAUAAUCAGCAACCUGUAAUUUUGGAAAGUUGUUUAUCAUUCUAAAAAUGAAAGCCCAAUAGAAGGAGCAAACAUGGAGGGACCCCCAGCAUUGAGAAAUUACAGUUUGUUUGAAAAUUACUUGGAUGUUUGAAGCGGAAUCUUACAAGUGGUGGCUGUAUUAGACUUGACUUUGCAAGUAGCAAACCAAUAACAUUUCUUGAAUGCAUCCUCUAAGGCAAUUCAGCUCUAAAGUAAUUCAAUUUCUUCAACAUUUGGGUUUUUUAAAAUAAUAAUAAUAAUAAUAAUAAUAAUAAAGCUGUUAUAGCUCCAGAGAACUAAGAUAAGAUUAUACUCAGAUUUUAUGUUUUUAAAAAAGAUUGUGCCAAAGUGAAAAUUCUCAAUGUUUCAAUUUUUAUUUUUUUUAAAAAAGCAUUUUCCAGGGUUGAUGCAUUUCAUUUUUGUUAAUUGCCAUCUCUGCCUCAUGUAGCCCACUCUACUAGAUGUCGGUGUUGUUUAAUGAGAAGAAAAAUAUAAAGUAUUUCUGGGUUAUUCCAUUAUUAAAUCAAAGAUGUUAUGUAAUGGAGGGUGUAAAAUAUCUCAGUGGACUCAUUUCUAAAAUUAAUGUAACUGACUUGUAAACUAACGAAGCAGAUCUCCUGUGAAUUACCAGAAAACGUGUGCUGCAAUCGUGGCAGCAUAUGUGGGAGGACAUGUGGUGGACUUUUUAUAUUAUAAAACCAUGUGGUGGUAGAAAGUCGAGUAUGAGUGCAAAAUUCAAUGCAGCCCUAGCAGAGAGCCUGUGAGGCUUCUUUCCACAGCCUGUGAGGCAUCCCAUUGGGAAUGGAGUGUUUGUGUUACUGAGAACAGAGAGGAAAUCUCUGGAGAAACCUAAUGCAAGUCAAAUGCAUGGAUGUUUAUUUCUUUGCAGCUCAUACGCCUGACAAUUCCUUCAUGGGUUUUGUGUCUGAGGAGCUCAAUGAAACAGAGAAGCAAUUCAUUAAAUCCAACAAGGCUAACAACAUGGCAGUGGUAUAUGGGAAAGAAGCCAGCAUUUGGAAGGUGGGUAGCGAAUAAAAUAGUGGAACUUUUUAACAGUGUCAAAGGCAUUUAAUCACCCAACCAUGGUCCAAAGUGUGCUAAAUACUCUGUGGCUGCAAUCUUAUGCAAACUUAUUUAGGAAUACAUCCAACUGAACUCUGUGGGACUUCUUUCGAGUAAUUAGGUAUGGAGUGCAUCUCUUAUAACAUUUAACAAAUGGAUGAGGAACCUGUGCCUCUCCCAAUGGUUUUUUUUUACUCUAUCUCCCAUCAGCUCUAGCCAGUGUGGCCAAUGGUCAGAAAUGACUCUAUUGUAAUGACUGUAGUUUGUUUUAAUAGAUUUUAGCAGCAGCAGCAGCAGCAACAACAACAACAACAACAACGUGAUGGUGGUGCUGGUGCGAGUUGUAGUCCAAUAACAGUGGAUGCCACAGGUUCCUCAUCCCAGACACAGCAGAGGACCAUAUGAAGAGUUAUAGGUUUCAUCCAAAUAAUUCUUUAACUUUCAGGACCAGUUUAGGGCUUUGAUAGGUAUAUCCCGAUCUUUGCCUGGUUGCAAAUGCAAAGGAUGAGGGGCUUCUCUUUCACAUAGAACUACACACACAUCAACACACACACAUCCUUUGUUUAAAUGCCACAGUGAGAGGACUAAGUGAAUGUUGUCACUCUAUGUACUCUAUCUAUGGGCCACUCUAUAUAAACAUAAGCAUUUGAAAGCUUUUAUGAGCUACUUAGCCUGUCCUCUUCAUUCAUCUCUGCUGCGUUAUUCCUUGCAGCAGCAAAUAGUAAUGAUGGGCCCAAGAAAGCGUGGGGAAGGAACCAUUGUGUUCAUGUCAUGCUAUUUAAAAAGUGCUUUUAAGAACUUUAAAAUGCUUAUCAUAUAUGGUUCUUCAACUCCCCUGUUGCCGAAACUUCUCCAGUUAUCAUGAUGCCACCCUGAAGUUCUGGGGAUUGGAUGAAUUCGUGGAGGAGGAGGGGACAAGCAUGAGCUACUGUCUGUGACAGUUAAAUGAAUACCAGUGGCAGGAUAGUUUGGGGUAGCUGAAAACAACCGUACAGGAGGCUGAAUUGCCUUUAUGGCCUGCUUACACUGAGAGCCAGUGUGGUGUAGUGGUUAAGAGCAGUAGUCUCGUAAUCUGGGGAACCGGGUUCGCGUCUCCGCUCCUCCACAUGCAGCUGCUGGGUGACCUUGGGCUAGUCACACUUCUCUGAAGUCUCUCAGCCCCACUCACCUCACAGAGUGUUUGUUGUGGGGGAGGAAGGGAAAGGAGAAUGUUAGCCGCUUUGAGACUCCUUAGGGUAGCGAUAAAGUGGGAUAUCAAAUCCAAACAACUCUUCUUCUUCUUCUUCUUCUUCUUCUUCUUCUUCUUCUUCUUCUUCUUCUUCUUUGGAAGCACUGGAUUGGGCUCUGUUCAGAAAUGAUGCUUGGCUAAAUGAGACCUUGGUACAACCCAACAGAGCUUUCCUGAAGCUCUGUUGGUUCCUGGUUGCUUCAGAGCAUUUCUGAGAUCUUUUUAGUUUGUUGCCAUUGAUACAAAGGAACUAACUCUCAUUCCUUCUUCCUUCUCUCUGUGUGCCCACCAUGGGAUUUCCAGCUGCAGGUAAACAGAAAAUCAUUUUUAACUAUGUGCUUUUUAUGCGUAUUAUUUGGAUUUGAAUACCUGUUUGUGCUGACAAAAUGGCAUUUUAUUUGAAGGCUACAUUGCAAUGUGUACGUGUACAAAAAUACAUACACUAGUGUAAAGUAUGCAUAUCAAUGCAUAUAAUCAUGAAAAUAGCGUGGAACAUGCAGUAUAUUAGGGUACAUCACCUUGGGGGGAAAUGCAUAUAUUGGAGAAAACUGCAUAUAAAAAUGUCCAUGUCAGGAGAAGUUACACUAAAUUACUGGUAAAUUUUCCGAAGCGCUUAAAAAAAAUCUGAUAUAAAAAUGGGGGGGGGACUGAAUUUAAGGUUGGAAAAAUGAGAAACUGAUAAAAAUUAAAAUUGACAAAUUCACCCAUCUCUGUCCCCCCCACACACAUAUGGAGCCCAAGCCCCCAAGUUCCAGUGUGUGCCUUCAGAGUAGAACACUUGAAACACAACACCUCUCAUUUUUGAAUCAAACCCAGGUGGUGAAUGACUUGGCUUCUUCCCUUUGCUGUUUUGUUUCCUCUGAACACUUCUGUUUUCCAGGGGGAAAGGAGGUCAAUUACCCCCUGAGUGUAGAAGCAAAUCCUGCCUAGAGAACGCUUCCUCUCCCCCCCCCCCCUUGCACAGCUUUACUUGAUGCAAACAUUGUGCAUCUCAAGUUAUGGAAAUCUCUUGUGCAUCAACAUGUGAUUGUUCAUCACACAGAUUUCUAUCCAGCAAACUGAAAUAUGUGCCAUCAGGAGUGCAGUGGAGGGUUUUUAAAUUAUCGCUUCCGCUAAGCAAGAACUCUAUGCAGAAACCAUAGGUUUUGUCUGAAGAUGAUUAUAACAAUAUUCACCCAUACCAUAUUUGCCAGAACCUGUGACGCACCGUAGAUGUAUACAACUUCCUUAUUCACUUUAGCGUGCAACUGAUUUGAAGGAAAGAAUUAAUGUACUAUAAACACAAAAGCAAUAUCAAGUGGAUGUUCUCCAAUGUAGCAUCUGCUUGUGCAACAGGGCUCCUCUUUUCUCUCCUACCCUGCAUACCCCCAAAAUCAGCUCCAGACAGCUGAUGCGGGGCAUUCAGGAAGGUGGUGGAGGGAGUAGAGAAAUGUGAAGUCCCGUUGCACAAUAUGCUUUCCAUUGCAAAAGCAAGCAGGUACCAUAUCUAUCUAUCCAUCUAUCCACACACACUAUGCAUAUCUUCCAUUAUUUUAACAAAUGCUGUCUGUAAUAUUCACAUCCAUUCUAAGAAACUCACACCUGAUCUGAAUAUACUCCAUUUUAUUCCUCUAAGUAUAAACCCUGUUUUGUAUUGCAAAUGAUCACUUCAAUGUGCUUAUCUAAAAAGGUAAAGGUCAAGGAACCCCUGACCAUUAGGUCCAGUCUUGACCGACUCUGGGGUUGCGGCGCUCAUCUCGCUUUAUUGGCCGAGGGAGCCGAUGUACAGCUUCCAGGUCAUGUGGCCAGCAUGACUAAGCCGCUUCUGGCGAACCAGAGCAGCGCAUGGAAACACUGUUUACCUUCCCACCGGAGCUGUACCUAUUUAUCUACUUGCACUUUGACAUGCUUUCGAACUGCUAUGUGUUUAUCUACCUGCCUUUAAAAAGUAUAGCUUUAUAUAUACUGGGCUCAGUGAUCAUUUGCAAUACGAACCGCUUGCUGACAGCUCAAAGGUCACUUGCAGACUUACUUCCUUUGGCCACAGUUCCUCUACAUAACCUUGUCUCAUACAACCCACAGACUCUUGUAUGAGAAACCUUACAGAAAUAAGACAUUUAUAAGCACUCAUGGAGUGCACUGGAUGCUUCCAACUGGAACACUCAAAAUGAAUUUGCUCCUUUUGUUGAUUUGCACGAUUUUUGUUUUGGUUGUGAGCUGGUGCGCAAUUUUUAUUCAUUAUUGUUUCCAUCAGUUUCUGAAAACAUCCUUGGACAUGACUGUGCAUUCCUUCCAGUCUCUGGUGUUUUGUACAUGAGCCCAAGUCAUUAUGUGACAUGCCGGAGGCCUCCCACUAUACAGGGCAAGACUUGGCACAGCCCAGAUCUGUAUGACAAGGCAAAGCAUCUCUGUGCUUACAUGAGGGGGCCUCAUGCAAACGUCCAUUUUAAAGCCUAGCAUUGCCAUAACGGAAUCUAAAACAGAAGCGUCAACAGAAUUCAGACUUGGAUACUGGGCUUUAUGAAAAAUGUUCCCUACCGACGUGAGCCAACUCAGUCUUGUUCGCAUCAAACAUCUGACUGAUCAACCCAGCAGUUGGUGUGUGGUGUUUUGCAUGUGCAGAAAGUGCUGCACACUUCUUAGUGGUUUUACGCUUCAGCCACAAUACCAAAUGUGGUGGAAGAAUUGAAACAGAUCUUUAAGUGUAUCAGCAUCCCCCAGUGGCAGCAAAAGUUGCAUCACUUCUCUAAGUGCUUGAGGCAGGUGUCUGCUGCAGACAGCACAGGGAGGAUAAGCGAGAGCAAGGCUUGGCCAUUAAAGUUCCCAGCCUUUUUUGUCUACUAAACCAGAGACCAUACAGUAAUUUCUGUGGCUGGGAAGAGCUUCCUCUUUAGGCUGGGCUUCAAUGAAGCCCAGGUCUCGAUUACUGUUUGUACCUCUGCUCUCACCCCUAAGUUUAAUUUGGUUGGUUUGUGUCUUCUAAUGCUGAAAAGUGUGGAGAAAUUGGGGGAAGAAGGGAGAGCAGAAAGCAGUCUGUUUUGCAAAGGACAAUGCUGACCACAGCUGAAUUCGAAGGGGAAGUUACUUCUCUUGUGCAGAAUUUAUGCUGGCAGGGAAAAGAGAUCCAUGCUUGGAAACAUUGUGUGACAUGUAUUGAUCUGCUAGCCUACUCAUUUGAUAGAGUGAUAAUGAAGUCCUUACCAGCUACGCGCAAUUCUUAAAAGGCAACAUCAAAUGAGCUUCAGAGUUAAUCAACCUAAUGUGGGGCUCAUUCCCAAAAGGAAACAUGCCGGGAAGCUGCCAGAUAACACCUAAAAUAUAUGUGGAGAACCUUGGCCCAGUUUCAUUCAUGUAGGGGAGCCUGGAGGGAGAGAAGGAGCUCUCUACAAACCAUCAGUUCAGCUCUCGGGCAACAUAUCCUUUUCCCAGGAAAAAGAAGUUUCCCCACCUCUGAUCGGGCAACUGGUACCUGCUUCUCAAAAUAGCAUACCACCCACAUAAUUUGAUCAGACAUAAUCUUAUUCCAAAGAACAGGACCUCCCUUUAAGAACAGGAUACCUUUUGAAUGCUCUAAGGUUGCGGUUCUCAACCUGUGCGUCCCCAGAUGAUGUUGGACUACAACUCCCAUCAUCCCUGAGCUCUGGUCUUGCUAGCUAAGGGUGAUGGGAGUUGUAGUUCAACAACAUCUGGGGACCCACAGGUUGAGAAAGGCUGCUCUAAGGGCAUGGUAACAUAAUGCACUGGCAUCACAUUUUUUCUAACUGCUCAACGCACUUCAUUUUAGAUUGCUACUUACAACAUAGGAGCCAACUCCUAGGGGCCGAGGUCCUUUCACCCCCCCAAUAAAAUAUUUGAGGGGCCAUCCCUCCCCCAUUUUGAUGGGCAUUGCCAUUCAAAUGAUGUGCAUGUGCCACGUCUUGUGAUCAAUUAUGUGGAGCAGGGCUUACCUGCCCCCCCCCAUAUUUUAUUCAAGUUGGCACCCCUGACUUACAAUAACCUGGUUAGGUAGGCCAGUAUAAUCUCCAUAUUAUAGAGGUGGUGGCUGAGACUGAGAGAUGGAGCAGCUUGCCUAAGGCCCACCCAGUAUGCUCAUGCUUGGAGUGUGAAUUUAAAUCAGAAACAUAUUAGAUACCCUAAUCUUAUACUAGCUGAUCUCCCAUUGUCUCUGCCGGGGUACAUUUUUAUUUGCUUGCUUAAUUGGGGAAAGGUUACCAUCUGGAUGAGCCAUGACAAAAUCUAUGCAGCUGGACGGAAUUUUAUAUGUCCUCAUGAAUUCUGAACUUUGUGACUGGCAAUCACAGAUGAAAUUCUUUCCUUUCUUUUCUCAGGGCAAAGAGAAGUUUCUAGCCAUCCUGAACAAGUACAUGGAGAUCCACGGCACUGUUUAUUAUGAAACACAGCGCCCGCCUGAAGUCCCAGCUUUUGUGAAGAAUCAUGGUCUCUUGCCACAGCAUGAGUUCCAGCAACUCCUGAGAAAAGCCAAGGUAUUUGCCACAGGCAGAAAGAAAGAGGGUUGUAGCCAAAUGAAACUCUGGCAAUAAGAAAUUCUCCAGUUGUGUGAUUGUUUUUUAAGAGUUAUGUCCCAAUGUGCUACGAGGAAAAGGUCUUGGAGCAUGCAAUGGAAAUAUUGCGGCAAUAAAGAUGUAGGAAUCCAUAGGGGACAAAACCCUUAGGCAGUGCUCCAGGGCUGAUAAUGGUGGUUGGCUGUUUCUAUCUAUAUCUAUAUCUAUAUCUAUAUCUAUAUCUAUAUCUAUAUCUAUAUCUAUAUCAUCUAUAUCUAUAUCUAUAUCUAUAUCUAUAUCUAUAUCUAUAUCUAUAUCUAUAUCUAUAUCUAUAUCUAUAUCAUCUAUAUCUAUAUCUAUAUCUAUAUCUAUAUCUAUAUCUAUAUCUAUAUCUAUAUCUAUAUCUAUGUCUAUGUCUAUGUCUAUGUCUAUGUCUAUAUCUAUAUCUAUAUCUAUCUAUCUAUAUCUAUCAUCUAUCUAUCUAUCAUCUAUCUAUCUAUCUAAGAAGGAACCAUGGGGGGGGGGGGAGGGAAAUUGAUGUUUAAUGUUUUGCUUUGUAUAUGUGAUUAUGGAAAAACUCAUAUAUAUAUAUAUAUAUAUAUAUAUAUAUAUAUAUAUAUAUAUGACAAAAUAAAAAGGGGAAAAUUAGAAUAAGCAGCAGUAAGGAGUGGUUUCUGGCAUUUUAAUAUUUUUCUAUUGGAAUUUUAUUUACAACAUAACACAACCCCCCGCACCCUCCCAAUACACAAAUCCACCCUCAUUAAACGGGAACAUAACAUACAGCGAGCAUAACAUACAACAAUACAAACAACCAAGUAAAAGACUUCCUUUUAACCUGUAUCUGGCCUCCUUAUUUUCUUCUUAUAAACGGUUUCCUUUAUGAAUAAUUAAGAUUUUUCUAAUUAUAACUUAAAUCUUCACAAAGUCUCCUGCAGACAUUAAUCGAAACAAUUCCAGGUAUGUAUUUUAGGGCACUGUUUUGUGAAGUAUUCUCUGCAUUUUCCCCAUGCUUUUUGAAACUCUUGUCUAGUGUGAUUUCUAAUUGCCUCUGUUAAUCUAGCCAGUUCAAUAUACUCUAACAGUUUUUGUUGGCACAGUUUCUUUUUCCCAGUUUUUAGCAUAUUAGGAUCCUUGCCGCUCCUGUGGCAUAGAGGAAUAUUUUCUGAUCUUCUCUUGCUAUACACUUUACAUCCUGUGCCUCUUGGCAUAAGGUACUCUGCAAAAAAUGAUAAUAUUGUUGCAAGUGGCCAAAUCACUGAAAUGAAUUUCCGCUGUGAAAGCAUUUCUCAGUUCAGAUCUUAUGGGAUGUUUCUGUCAUAAGAGAAUGAUAAUGUCUGUUUUAAAGUUGGAUUUUCUUAUUCCCUUUAUUUUUUAACCAAUUACAUAAACAUUUAAAUUUAGUUAAAGAUGGAUUUAGAGGUCUCUCAUAACCAGAGGCCCUAAACUGUAGGUUGCUUAGUACUGGUAGGAGUACAGGUUUACAACACAAAACUAGUCAAGUCUACUCAGACGUAAAGCCUAUUGAAUUCAAUUGGCCUUACUCCCAGCUACUAGGGAGUAGGAUUGCAGCCUUAGUCACAUAGCUUCUCCAGGGUCCUUGCUCUCUUAUCUCAGUGGGCCAUAGGACAUGUUCAAACUAGAGCUCUUUGCCUGGAGUUGGUGGGGAAACAUUCUUUCUUUCUCUUUUUGCCAGUUCAUUCCACAGUGUGUUGCUGAAUAAUUUCUCCCCUCUCCUGAUCUGAUCACUCCGUAAGCCUGCUAAUGGUUCACCUCCACAGCUGGUAAUGCAAGGCUGAUGAAGCCACUGCCUGUAUGAAAAUGGCAUAAUAGAAUUAGAAGGGCAAAGUAGCGCAGAGCGGAAAUGGUUUGGGAAAAGUUUAAUCUCAUUAGGGGAAGAGAUAGCUGAAGAUCUUACAGAUGGAUCUUCUUCAUAAUUAUAGAGUCAGGAGUUCCUGCAACCCUUUAGCUAUCUUGCUAGUGCUUCUAAAGAAUUCACUGAAGCAUAUAAUUGCAACAAAGAAUUUAUUAGGUUCGUCCUCCAUUUUCUGUCCAUGAACAUUUAAAAGUCUCAGGUGUCUACACAUUAUUUUCUGUGACUUGCUCAUGUCUUUAGCGACUUCAGAAUGGUUUUUACUUUCAGUGUAGGAAUGGAGCUUGAAUCCCACCUCCAAAUCCUGUGUCAAAUCUCCACCCAUUUCCCUCCUCACACCCCGCAGUGAUCUAAAUUGGGCACAAUCCAGUCAAAGUUCACCACUCACUUGAAAGACCUUGACUAAAGCUGUCUUCUGUGUGCCCCAACCCAGGGGCAGAGGAAGGGGGUGCAGUGGGGUGGUCCACCCUGGGUGUCACCACUGAGGGGGGUGACAAAAUGCCGGGCAGCACUCACUGCAGGGCCUGCAGUGCACCCGAGCCAAUGUCUCUCCUGGGAGUGACAUGGUGGCUUGGGCACCCACAGGCUCCGCGGUGCCCCAAACAGCCUGCCUGCCAUCUCCCCCCCAGCUGUAGAGUGGCUGAGUGGGAGAAGUCAGGCAAACUCUUCAAAGGCCUCAUGGAGUAUCCUGCCCCAGCUGGCCCUGCCCUGAUUGGCUUGUUCCGCCGCUGCCUCAACCAUCUGAGGUGGUGGCACUCACCUGUCUGUCAUGUCCUCCCCAGGGAGCCUUGCCCAGGUCCCCACCUUGAUGGGUUUUGGUGCCGUGAAAUGGCAUUUUAAUUGUAUUUCCCCAGGCCUCUUAAUCAUCUGAACCUACUUUAAAAUUGUUGUGCUGGUUUUUUAUUAUUGUAUUAUUGAAACGUAUUCUUCUUAACUUAAGCUCCUCUGGGAUGUCGCUUGGUAUUGAUGAUGGUGGAUAUAAAUUACUCACUUAAGCAAACGAUCAAAUAGAUAAAAUAACCAACAGUUCUAUUGCAGCUCAUGAUAAACAAUUGCAAAGGCAGAUUUGCCCAUAUAUUCUGGGGUUCAUUUCUCCCAGUAAGGUGAACCUCCAUAUGCCAAUGAAACAAAACAAAACAAAACAAAUACAAAACACUUAUUGGUGGUGUUGCUCAUGGAAGCACGUUGCUCAAAACAGCCAUGUACCACCUCUUCCCAAGGGAAAGAAAGAAGGUAGGUCAGAAGAGCUUGUGCAGAGACACCCUGUGUGGAUACAGAGAUUUAUUGUAUUUAUUUUACCAGUGGAGCAACUGGGCACUGCCUGUCUACCCUCAACCAGCCCCUCAGCUGCCCAUCUUCUAAUUUACAACAGCCAGUUGAGUGAGUGGCACUGCCUGUCAGUUUCCUCCUCCUUAGUCUCAGAGUUGAUUAUUUGUAGAACUCAGCAGGGAGGAGGAUGGGAACAAGGCUAGAAUGAGUUGGCUCUGCCUGUCAUUGGCUCUGGUGCCACCUACUGCUAGACCUCCUGCCUUCCAUGUUACCAGUCCCAAUUGGCAUCAGCCACCUUAAUGUAUUUUACAAAAUAAUAGUAACAUGCUAAAGGAUAAGAGACAAGCCCAAUCCCAAAUUCACCAAUUUCAACUCCUAUGACUCUCUAAAUUACGAAUAAUAAAAAAAGGUUUUUCGCUCCACUCCUAGUUUCCUGGGCUAAUUCAAAUAUUUUCAUACAAAGGCAACAAUAUUUCUGAAUAAAGAAUAUUGUUAAGUGGAAGAAUGAAACUGCAACAUGUUCAAAGACUAUCGUUUGCUAUCUGCCAUGUUCAUUAAAAUUAUAUGCAAAUUGUUAAUUAGUGACUACUGAAACAUGCAAAUGAGUAGAAGCUGUCUGGGCCACGUGUCCAUUCAGCUGUUGUCCUCUUGGAGCCAGUGUGGUGUAGUGGUUAAGAGCGGUAGUCUCGUAAUCUGGGGAACCGGGUUCGCGUCUCCGCUCCUCCACAUGCAGCUGCUGGGUGACCUUGGGCUAGUCACACUUCUCUGAAGUCUCUCAGCCUCACUCACCUCACAGAGUGUUUGUUGUGGGGGAGGAAGGGAAAGGAGAAUGUUAGCCGCUUUGAGACUCCUUAAGGGGAGUGAAAGGCGGGAUAUCAAAUCCAAACUCUUCUUCUUCUUCUUCUUCUUAAAUGGCACAGGUUGUUGGUACUGGACUAAUUGCGGGACUUUCAGCCAACAGGUUAAAAUGCCAAGCAAAGGAUUGGUAGACCAUUAACUCCCAUGGCAAAGAACUGAAGGGUUAAACAAAUAACUGAAAUAGCUUUAAAAUAACGUGGUUGCCAAAGAUGCCUGAAAUAUCUGAAUUUUCUCUUUGCAGCUCUUCAUUGGGUUUGGUUUCCCCUAUGAGGGCCCUGCCCCCUUGGAAGCAAUAGCCAAUGGGUGUGUUUUCCUGCAGGCUCGUUUCAACCCACCCCACAGUUCACUCAAUCAUGAAUUCUUCAGAGGGAAGCCUACAUCGAGAGAGGUAAGCCUGCUCUGAAAUUGUGCGGCAAAGAUCUAAGACCUGAGCCUAAUUGAUCUGGGUAUUUCUAAAGCAGGGAUGGGCAGUCUGUGGCCCUUCAGAUGUUGCUAGACAGGUCAGGGGUGAUGGGAGUUGUAGUCCAGCAGCAAUGUCCGGAGAGCCACAAGUUCACCAUCCCUGAUAUACUUGCAGCUUCAUCACCGCUCUAAUAGUGGGGUUGGAGAGCUGAAAAAAGUUCACAUCCGGCAAGCAAUGUGCCCCUUGGGUUUCUGAUAGUACUUGGGUUCAUGAGUCUAAAAGGCCCGGGACACAAAUUUUCACAGCCCUCUUGCUGCUACGGUGGCUGAUUUACCAGAAGUAUAGUAUUUAGCAUUAACUCUGGAAGUGUAUACUCAAUUCUGAAUAAAAUAAACCCCCUAGAGCAAAAUAUACAUCAGAAGGCUUAGUUUGGUCAGAAUUGAGUAUACACUUCCAUACAUACAUUAUUUCUGGAAAAUGAGCCACCAUAGCUGCCAAAGGACUGUGAAAAUUUGUGUCCCAGGCUUCUUAGACUUGUCUACCUAUGUAUUUUCUGAAACCAAAGGGUCACAUUGCUUGCCAGAUGUGAAAUAUAUUGGCAUUAUUUUCAGCUCUUGUAAAGGUAAAGGGACCCCUGACCAUUAGGUCCAGUCGUGGCCGACUCCAGGGUUGCGGCACUCAUCUCGCUUUAUUGGCCGAGGGAGCCGGCGUACAGCUUCCGGGUCAUGUGGCCAGCAUGACUAAGCCGCUUCUGGCGAACCAGAGCAGCGCAUGGAAAAGCCGUUUACCUUCCCGCCAGAGCGGUACCUAUUUAUCUACUUGCACUUUGACGUGCUUCGAACUGCUAGGUUGGCAGGAGCAGCGACCGAGCAACGGGAGCUCACCCCGUCACAGGGAUUCGAACCGCCGACCUUCUGAUCGGCAAGUCCUAGGCUCUGUGGUUUAACCCACAACGCCAACUGCGUCCCGCACUGUACCUCACUGUAAAUGUGCCAGCCUUUCAGAGAACCAGUGUGUUCUAGGGGGUAGGAUUAUGACCUUUGAUUUGGGACAGGAGUACAUUGGGUGGAAUUCAACCUAGUGCUAAGUCCCUCAUUCCAUCAGUGUGAAGAUUUCACCAUGGUCAACAAAACAUUAUCUCCACCUCUCCCCCCUCCCCCAGUUCAUGCCCCCUAAAUCUGUUCUAAGAUUUUCUCCAACCCUCUGGGGUAGAUUUGUGUAGGGCAUGUGCGUCGGGGGGAAAGAGGGGAGAAGGUUCCUGUUGCUUAAGAAAUCCUUUCACUGAUGGGAUGCUGUAGUUCAUAAUGCCUGUUGUUCUCUUCCAGCCUCAGUUCCCUCGUUUGUAAAAAAAUAUGGGGGGGGGACCUGUACAGGUGAGCUGUUGUGAGAAUGAAGGAGAGCUGCUUCAAAUGUCAUUUUCCAUGAUAAAAUUAUAAUAAGAAAAAGUGCAUACCUUGUAAUAUGUAUAUCGGUGCAUGAGGGAAGGGUGAGGCAGUUAGCCACAUCAUGUACAGGGAUCAGAGAAGAUGGUUCUACCUGAAUUAGUACAUUAGUAAUUUCUUCCAUGGCUUAAAGAAGUUUGUACUAUAUAUAAGCUCCACUCAGUUUCCUUUAUUUCCUUAUUGCCAUUUCUGAUCCUCACGCUUUGCUUUGUUUUCUGAAAUGCUUGCAGUCACAGUGCCCCCUGCAGGAAGUAUUAUGUUUCCUUUCUGUAUUUUAGGUACCCUCCCAGCAUCCCUAUGCAGAGGAUUUUAUAGGGAAACCCCAUGUGUGGACAGUGGACUACAAUAAUUCAGAGGAAUUUGAAGCUGCUAUCAAAGUCAUUAUGAGGACCAAGGUAACUGCCAGCCAAGCCUCCUGAAACAUUAUUAGUCAUAGAAAUUGAGCCUUUUAUUUCAAUAUUUUGCAAAAAAAUUAAAAAAAUAUACCCCAGUGGGUGGAUUCAACAAGGACAGUGUCAGGUUGAGAAUGAGUGUGGGUUUGCAGUCCAUCUCAGGAAAAUAAAGAAAAACAUGACCUAUUUCAGGUGUAUUCUAUCCCUGCCCCUGCAAACUGUAGGACAGAAAGUCAGGCCAUCUGGAUUAGAAGGUGUUAAUAAGUGAGUGAGCUGUGUUUUGCUUUUACUUUCUUAACUUCUCCUCAAAGUUUCAUCUUUUAAAAUGUCACUUUCAACAAACACAGUUAAAAAUAAAAACUUGGCAUUUAGAAACUCAAGACAUGGGAGUGUGUCCCUUAUGUGACUCCCAAAACACUCUUGAGUGUUUCAUGACUGUUUCCAACUUUAUUUUAAGAUGUACAUAGACGUGGGGGAGAAAUUUGAUUUAGUUCACAUUUAAAGGCAAGUUUACUUGAUCUGCACUUUCUGAAGUAAUGUGAGCACCAAGACCUGUCCUUUGAAAUUUUCACUUCCCUGAAUUUUGCAAUGCAGUUUCUCAGCCUAUCCAUAUACAAAAAUCCAUAUACCGUGGGAAAGUGUGCACAAAAUUUGCACAUAUUCAUGAAAAUAACAUGCAAGUAUGCAUUGUAUUAGGGGGAAUUGCACUGCAGAAAAGGUGUCUGUUAGGCAAAAUUGCAUACAAAUAUGUAUAUGUUCAGAUAAAUUUGCAAAAAAAAGAAAAGAGGACUUUUCAUGAACACUUAAAAAAAAAAAGAAACCACAUAUGGGAGAACUGAAGACUGGGGGGGGGGGAAUGAGAAAUGAAAACAAAACAGAACUGACAGAUCCACCCAUCCCUUCAUGUACAUAAACAUAAUGUAGGACAGGCACACACAUUCAACUAUUUCAUAGCAAUGACCCACAUAUGGCAAACUCAAUGCUGGCAUUUCUGCUCCUGGUUUUACCAAGCACACAUCUUUGCAGUUAAAAGCAAAACUAAACUUACAUUUGAAAGAAAUACUUCUAAAGUGACUUUUGCAAGCAUUCAAAGACCAAAUGAGACACGGCAGUUAAUAUCUGGCUACCAUGAAAAACGGUUGCCACACAUUUUGUUCUCAUUCUCCCCUGUGGAAUAUUGAGGGAGAAUUUAUACCUUGUGGCUUGAGUGACAUCAGAAUGUUCAACAAGGUCUUAAGGAUAGCUCAGUCGGGAGAACAUGAGCCUCUUAAGAGACUCUUCAUCUCAAGAUUGUGGGUUUGAGUCCCACAUUGCACAAAAAAUUCUUGCACUGCAGGGACUUGGACUAGAUGUUCCUCAUGGUUCCUUCCAAUUCUGCAAGUCUAUGAAUACAAUUCUACAAAAUAAACAGAUGACCAGGCCUGCUAUCCGCGCUGAGGUCUGCUCACGAGGGUGAAACACACAUGUCAUGAGUGACCCAAGGUUGCCUUUGCUAGUUGAUACAGAAGAGGAAGGGGGAACCAGAUGUAUUUCCUGCACUUUUUUGAAAACUGUCACACCUUUGCUAACAUCUAGUUUAGCCCUAAGAUAUGAGUUUUAAGAUUGCAUGUACGGAAAGAAGUAACGUCAGCCACAGGCCUCAGCAUUUAUACCUUUGUUUUCAGAUAAAUCUUUUCCAGCUUCUGGGCAAUUUCUCAAAGAUUGCUCUGCAGAGCCUCUCCUGUAUCAGGAGGUAUUAACACAACUUGCCUGCUGUUCACUCCUACCAUGCAAGUGCUAUAAAAGCUCAGGAUAAUUUAUCUUCUUUGAUUUAAUUAUUCAUUAUUAGUAUAUUAGCAGUAUUUGUAUUAAGCCAGCCAACAAUAAGGGGAAGAGCCUCAAGUGCUGCCUUUUAAAUAUGAGCAUUGUAGACACACACACACACACACACACACACACUUUUUUGGGGGGGAAAUGACUGGGAAGUAAGGAAAAGGACCUUCUGAAAAACGCAGCACCUGCUGUGUGAUGCGGUUUCUCAAAGACUUUUAAAAUGUAUCUGUCAUGAAUAUUUACUUCUCCCACAGCAGAAGCCUUUCAAGUUGUCCAGAUCAUUAAAGUCAAUUCUCCUGGAGGGAGAAAAUGUGCUGAUCUCCAUUUUGCUCACAAUUUGCUUUGGGUGGGGGAGAUGGGUGUCUCUGUUGUUUGAAAAGACAAUGCGCUGCAAAAUGGUGCCUCUCUUAAUACCCAAGUCUGACUCAGAAGGUUGGCAGGAAUGAGGGAACUCAAAUCAACUGAGUGACUAUUAAAAGGGAUAUAUUUUUUUAGGAACCAGUGACUGCUGCUUCACACAUUACGUAGUAGCAACUCCAAGCUUGUCUCCAAGUGAACACAGGCCAGGAAGCUAUCACCAGUCCCAGCUCCCCAGUAAGCAUACUUGGAUCACCCAAUCCACAGAGGUAGCCAUAAUAGUCUGUAGCAGAAGAAAACACAGAGAGUCUGGUAGCUUCUUAAAGACUACAUUGGUACCUUGGUUUACAACCAUAAUCCGUUCUGGAGGUCCGUUUGUAAACCAAAACAGGUUGUAACCCAAGGCGUGCUUUCGCCAAUGGGGCCUCCAAAAAUGUUUUGUUCUUAAUAAAAAUAAAUAAAUGGGUUGUAAUCCAAAAAGGUUGCAAACCGGGACACGAACCGCACUUCCGGGUUUGACAUGUUUGUAAUCCAAAACAUAUGCAAACCAAGACGUAUGCAAAUCAAGAUACCACUGUACUAGAUUUAUUUUUUUCAUUACAGUUUCAUAAACUGUAAAGAAAACAGCCACAAUAUAUCUUCUCUUCCUUAAGGUGAUGCAAUACUCUUUUGUUUCUGUAUAACAUGAAGGUUUGCUACCUUGUUUAGACUGCUGGGCGUGAGAGAUGGGGCCUUUUCGGUGGUGGCUCUGCCCUUGUGGAGUUCUGUUCCAGUUGAGAUUCAAAUCACCCUACCAUCUCAAGUGGAAGUUAAAGACCUAUCUGUUCUGAGACUUUUCUCCCUGCCCUUGCCAAGUAUACUAUACUUCUGCUGCUGUGUUUGGUGCCUCUAGUUUCAUCAGAUGUUGUGGUUUUAUAUUUUACCUUAGUAUGAAGUAAGCAGCUUUGUGAAGUCUUGGCCCUGAAACAAAUAAAUUAAUAUCCUUCCCCUCCACCACCAUUAAGUUCAGUUAAUCAAAUUUAGACCGCUCAAACUAGCAACCAAGUAUUAGGAAGCAAUAACAACUCUCCAGCAUCUGAGUAGUUGGUCUGAUGUGGGGGGUGGGGGUUUCUGAUUUCCAUAUCUCCAAAAUUUUGAGAAAUACCCUCUGUAUCCUGAGAAACAUAACUAUUCUCUGAGCAUGUAAAGAAGAUAAAAUAGGGUACAUGGGAGGUUUCUUAGUGUAUUUGACUGAAGAGGCAAAAGCAGAUAGCAUGAUUAAAAGCAGGUGGGGCAUGUCUCCUCACAAGCAGGCUCCAUUGUCAGCCUUCUGCUAUAGAAGCUGUGUAUCUACUCUAAAACCACUUUGCUCCAACUGUGGGCCUAUAUUUGGUUCAAGUUCAAAAUUGGUCCAUAAUGAUGUAGGGCAAGAUCUCCCUGUUGUUGAAGAACUGUAUGAGAUGAAAGCCUCCAAAGGGGGUCAAGUUGGGUCAGGCCUCACAUUUCAAAAGAACGCGGUCAGGAAGCUAAAAUAAGACCUUCAGAGCCUUCUUUUCUUUAACAAGUGUUAAACAGAUUGAACUGCUUUCAAUGAAGAGCAGAAGAGUGGCAAUGAGACCUCUCCCCACCCACGCAGUAGACACACUUCAAACAGAGGACCAAGUUAGGCGCUCAUCUUCAAACUAUGGCUUCUGGUCUCUUAUUGACUAGCUAUGAAAGCCCAGAGCAAUGUCGCUAUAUGAAUCCUUAGGUUUUGUCAUUCGUAUAAAUGACAGGAGCUGUUUGUUCAACUCCUAGGUCUCAGACAGAAAGGUGGGGCUGCAUCAGCAAGAAAUUAGGGUUGGGGGGGGAAUUGGUUUUGUUCGCAUUUCAAUCUGCACUUCUCAAACCAAUAGGCAAACUGACAAAUGAUUAUCCUUCAAAAUUCGCACUCCCCUGAAUUUAGUAGUGCAGUUCUCCAACAAAUGAUGUUUACAAAAAUGCUUCUGCUAGGGGAAAGGGUGUGGGAUGAUACUGGCUGUUGUGGCAAUGCUGGGCCAGGAAGCAAGAGUCCUCUUUGGCUGAUGAAGUGGAGGCCUCUGAUCAGGAAGUCAAAGGGCUUGCUCCAGACGUGUUGCUACCUGACAAACCUGCAGUGCCUGUGUCCCACCUAACCGGAGGAUGUGGCACUGCCAUCCUCAGACUCAUGGGGGACUCAGUGAAACCAGAGACUCCCCCACUCUGGGACAAUAAGAGAGCAAUGAAGACAACUGGGUUCCUUUCAGCAAAGCAGCACCUUCCAGUAUAGGCGAGACUCACCAUCAGGAGGCAGUAGUGCUACUAUCAUACAGGGCUGAGGUUGUUCCCUGCUGAAGCAACAAAGGAGCUUUGUGUAUGCAGAGCACAGGUUGGGCCCCUGGCUUCCAGCUGAACCAUUCUCCACCUAUUCUUGCAAAUUUGCACUAAAAUACUGAUGAUUUUUCAAGGGGAGAUUUAUUUAUUUUUAAAGCAAGACUGUGGAAAUGUGAAGAACUGAAGACUGGAAAAUGAGAAACCGGAGGAAACAAAAAUUAACAUAUUUGCCCAAUCAGCAGACAGGUGGGUGGGCAAGGUCACCCCACAAACAGCAGGGAUACCAAGAAGGAUGUGAUGCAGCUGCCCUCAAUGGCGGAACCAGAAGUGGUAGUGAUCACACAUGGGGUAGAAGCAAACAGAGUCAGGGGCUCCAGGUUCUAGCUUAACAGCUCCUGAUCCCACUGACAACAAUGGAGUUUGGAUCCACCCUUCAUUUUAGUUUAAGAUGUAAGAAAACUUGGAUACCACAAUGCAACUGAAAUGUGCAGUGAAACUCUGAGAGAAAAUGGUUGGCUGGCGUACCCCCUCAGCCCUGUCCUACCCUCAGUUCCCAUUCCGGAACGCAUCUUCCUAGGCUACUCCCUCAACACAUUAGAGCUGCUUUCAAAAAUAUGUUCUGCAAACCACCCUGAAAGCGGUAGAGAAUACAAAGCGAUUUGCAGCCACUUUGCUCCUUUUUAUUUUUAAAGGGCUGGGAUAUUAGAGAUGCUGUCAAGGCAAUUAGGCCUAAAAACUGACCUACCUUAAAAGCUUGAAAGCCUUAUUAUAGUCUUUUUGCUGUUGGGUUCCCCUGAUAUUUUGUCUUUGAAACACUGUUCUGCUGCAGCAGGAAAUGUACAAAGAAAAAAACCAACGGCGAGGUUGAGGAGGAGACUGGGAGGCUUAGAAUGGACGUUCUCAACAGGCUGUCUAUGUCCUGGAGUUUUCUUUUUUUUUUUUUUUUAAUUAAUAUUUAUUAAGUUUUCAAGGAAUAACAACAAAAAUUUCCAAAAAAAUUGAAAAUACAAAAAGCAAAAAUGAUAAAGAAAUAAAAAAGAAAAAACCCAACCAUAAAGAAAAAAAGAAAAAAAGAAAAACAAAAGUAUAAAAUCAAUUACGAUCUCUAUUAACUUCCUUUCUAGACUUCCUCCUCCUCCCCUCUCUUGUUUCUUAAUUUUUAAUUUUUACAGCAAAUCCUUUCUGUUUUUUCAUAACAUUCUAUCAUUACAUUUCCUUAUUCUAUUUUCCCUCUUGUCAUAUAAAAACUUUAAAACUCAAAGCUUAUAUUCAGUAUUUACCAAAUUCUUACAUCAUUACCUUUUGCAAAUCAUUUACCAAUCAUUACUUAAGCCAUAUAGUUUCAUUCAACAUCUUUCAAACAUUUAUGAACGUUCCCAAUAUUGAAAAAUAGAAAAAUAAAAUAAGAUAAUAAGUCAGACACAAUCCAGUCCACUUCCCGCGCCCCUCCCUGGACCCGGGAUUGUCAGUCCUUUAACCUCAAUAGUCCGGCUCCUUAACCUGGUUGUCUCGUGUCCGAGGCCCUCAAAUCUCUUUCUUGCCCCUUUCGCAGCUCUUCUUGAUGUUUCCCUUUCAGUCGUGGGUACUCCAGCAGAAAGAUACUUUUGACCCUUUGCAACAAGUCCAUCCCAUGCCCAUUGUCCAAGCCAGACAGCAGAUAAUACCACUUCAAGUUUCCUUGAAACUUGGAGGCUCCGACUACUCCAAUCCUCUGAUGGCCCAUCACUAGACUCGGAAAGUCCAGAUAACCAUAUAAAGGGGGGUCAAUCCAUCCCCCCCAUUUCCAAAUCUAACCACAUUUCAUCUUUCCGAAUCUGAUUUAUCCCAAGUUCAUUUAUCAAGUUCAAAGGCUGAUCCUGCCGGUCCAAAGGUCCCUCCAUCUCUGAAGCCUCCAUCACUACAGCAGGUUCAUAUACUUGUAGAUAUUUUAACUGAGUUCCAUUUACUUGCUGCUGUGCUCUGGUAACUUCCGUCAUCAAGGUCGUCUCCUGACGCAUCUGGUCCAGCUGGGCACUUAGUUUUGAAAAACCUUCCAGGAACAUUUGUUCAAGCCUUUGUACAAGCAUUGUCCUUCAGGGUCAAAGAAAAUUCUUUCCCACGAUUAUAGUCCUUCACUUUUAAGCUCUCUGCGUUGCAGUUUCACUAAAUCCCACUAGAGGGAAAACCUUUUUUUCCUUUUUUUUUUUAUAAAGGAGAAAAACAUCAGCAACAGUCUUUCUUUUCCAGAUACACUUUAUCCAAAGUUCCCCCCUUCAAAAUUCAAGAGGCAACAGUAGAGUCACAAUGUUACCUUUCUUUUAACUAUCUGUCGAGCUGGACAAGCUUCAAGACGUCAGUUCUGACAGCCCGCUCCUGGUUCAGGGCGGUGGAAAAUUACUUUGUUUUAAACUCACUUCCGCAGGGUUAAAAAGUCCAAAACAACCCCCUUCUCCUGCAGUCAAAGGGGGGUUCAGAAAUCUUAGAUGUUGAAUUCUAGUUCUCUCAGAAUUUAAUUUUCAAGCUUUAGUAUAUUUUGUCUUUGCUUUCUUCACGUAACAAAAGAACGGAAGGUUGACUUCCUGUUUAGACCUUCUCGUUCCAAGUCCCAAUUAAAUUCAAUUUCAAGUCCAAUUUAUUUAUUUAUUCACCAGUCUUAAAAGUAAUUCAGCUCUUCCAAGAUCAGGUACUCACGGAUAGAUGUUUUAGAUGCCAAAUUGUCCCAGGAAAAGGCAGCGCUCUCCGGAAACGGCAGUGCGGCUUUGCUGCACGAAAGAAGCAGUCGACUCACAGCACCAUGCACCUCCCACUCCGGAGCCCGUUACCGGGCUCCUGUACAAGGGGAGAGAGCGCUCACGGUGCCCGCUGAGUCCCACGUCCACAGGCUUCAUCCGCCUGUGGGUUUUAAGGGUCCCCGCUGCGCCGUAGCGGUAGGACCCAAGCUUCCGUGCAGCGGGUUCCCUUCAACUUGAAGGGAAUUCCGCCAUUUUCCGGAGGCGCCACCCCGGAAGUCCUGGAGUUUUCUUCCCCUGCCUCCAAUCUGACUAGAAUGGGAAUCUUUGAAUUUGUGAGUCAUACAGAGGUAGUCAACAUGGCAUCCUCCAGAUGUUUCUGAACUACAGCUCCCAUCAUCUCCAAGCAUGGGCCAUGCUGGUUAGACCUGAUUAGUCAGACAACAUCUGGAAGCCACCACACUGGCUACCCCUACAGUAGAUAGUCUAAGUGUGCAGAGCUCCGUCUCUUGUUGAUCUGAAUGAAGAGCAUUCCUUGUUACUAAAGCUUCUGCAAGCUUCUCUGUGCUGGGUUUAUGUCUGCACAGUUUGUGGACCCACCAGCCAAACACAGGUGAGCUAGAAGCUCAAGAGCCCCCCCUCCCUCAGAGUUUGUGCUGGCCUAGUUUAUGUGCUCAUGUUUUUGGUCCAGCCAUCCAACAUAAGUUAUGGUUCCUGAAGAUAAUUAUAGCAAGAGCUUACCUUUUUUUCCCCUUGCAACACUCAGCAUCUCAUAGCAUAAGGAGAGGAGACUACAGAGCAGCUGCAUGGAGCCAAGAGAGCAUGUGAGACAAAAAAGACAAAUUGCAGCCCACGGGGAAAGGUGACACUGGGAGUAUUGUCCCUGUGAUGAAUUACAGCUCUUAGCAGAGAGGUUAAAGGCAACAGGCAGAGACGGGGUGGCUUUCCUUUGAGGUCAUUUGCUUGAACUUCAGCUUCUACAUUUUCAAAGAAAAAACCACGGUUCUUACACAAGCAAUUUAAUACAGCCAAUAUUCUGGUGUAGUGAAGGGAGAAGCCUUCAUUAUAUUAAAGUCAAAUGUACAGGAAUAUAAUGGAAAAUUAUAUAUUUCAGGCUAUGCUUGGGAGAGUAGCAUAUUAAGCAUUGCUGUGAAAAUAGCUGGUUAAAAUAUCCCCAGGCUGCUGCUACACACUGUUAGACAAUUGCAUUAUUUUCUAUUUAUUUGGCUGAUAACAUUUAGGUUGGGCUUUCUCCCCCCUACCUUCCUCCCACAAUUUUGUUUGAGAAGGAUUCAUUAUUCUUCUCGGAGCUAUGAUUCCUGUUGGAGACCCAGAUUCCUGUGGAGAAAUCAUAUAUUUGAAUCUAUUCCUGGGUUGUGAGUACGUUUGCUUGCUACCCAUUAUUUGAAUGGAGGCGCCCUCUUUUAAGAGACUGUAUUUAUCAUGGUACAUUGGUACUGCUGCAAUAAAGCCAACUUCCAGAGCACCUCUACAAAAAUGUGGCUCAGCUGACAUGCCUAGAGACUGAGAGGAAGCUCGCAGCUAGGUGAGAUGACCUGUUACUAUGUUAGCCGCCCUGAGUGGCUGGAGCAACACAGUCAGAUGGUAUUACUACUACUACUGGCCAUUAUUACUACCAACCUUACUAUAUGCUUGUGAAACAUGGACAACUUAUAAACACCAUCUCCAACUCCUCAAAAGAUUCCAUCAACGGUGUCUCUGAAAAAUUUUACACAUCACUUGGGAAGACAGGCGAACUAAUAUCAGUGUACUGGCAGAAGCAAAGAGCACCAGUGUUGAAGCAAUGAUUCUUCAAUAUCAACUUCAUUGGACUGGUCAUGUUGGGUGGGUGCCUGAUAAUCGUCUUCCAAAGCUCUAUUCUGAACUUAAAAAUGGAAAGCGUAAUGCUUGUGGUCAACAAAAGAGGUUUAAAGACUGUCUCAAGGCAAAUCUUAAAAAAUGUAGUAUAAACACUGACAACUGGGAAAUUUGGAGAACAGGCUUUACCAAAGGUGUCAUGGGCUUUGAAGACACUUGAACUCAGGAGGCAAGGGAGAAAUGUGCUAAAAGGAAGGCACGCUUGGCAAAUCCAUACCGUGAUCAACUCCCGCUCGGAAACCAAUGUUCCCACUGUGGAAGGAUGUGUGAAUCCAGAACUGGCCUCCACCCUCACUUACGGGCUCAUUGUUAAAACCGUGUUUAUAGAAGACAAUCUUACUCGGCUACGAGUGAUCGCCAAAGAAGAAAGAUUGUUCUCCAUACAGCAACUGAGUCUUCAUACCUGUUUCCCAACCAAGAAGGAAAUAUUAGAUUUAUUCAAGGGAAUGUUCCUUGUUACAGAGUAUCAAUGGUAUGCUGGCUGUUUGGCCAUAAUAAUAAAUUUUCAUUCAUUCAGAGUAUCAAUGGGACUCCCCCUUUAAUGACUCCUUGGUAUUACUGAGUUCCUCACACCUGAACUCUCCAAGUGGUGUAGUUAUGAACAUCACAUUAGCACAGACAUCUGUCUGAAGCUGCUAUUUGCAUUUCAAGGGAAGCUUCCAUUGCUGCCAAUGGAAUUGUGGCAGGGAGAGAAAAAGUUAACCAUUCCCUUCCUAAGGCUGCUCCGGUUAUCCCUUGGCUGCUAUUUACAUAACCAACAACAACAACAACAAUAGCAUUCAUGCAAUUAAUGCCAGGUCCAGUUUGGGCCUUGGUGAAGAAGGGCUUCUCACAGAGACUGCUGUUCCAGAAUAGCAUGUGAUAUUGUAUCUGGGCCUAUUUUAAAAGGAAGGUACACAUUUGUUUCUUUGAGUUAUUUCUUCCUCUCAGUGCUGCUAAUAGCCUCACAAAGUCCAAAGGGGCCUACUAAACAAACAUUGUGUUUAUGCCAUGGAUGUCAAAGAGAAUACAUACUGUGAAGUGUCUUCUGACAUGUCUUUCUCUCCCCCACCCACCCAUUUCCCAUUUUACCCACCUUAUGCCUAUUCAGCUAGAUAAACCUGAACAUAAUUAAGAAAAACUUGUUACUUCUUCGCUUCUUAUGCAGGCUGUCAGGGCUACACAUGCUGGUGGUUUUUGAUGGCUCCUGUUGUGAGGGUGGCAUCUGUUCCCUUCCUGGCACCAGAGUGCAAAGGGAGUCUUUGAUGGAUGAGAGAAACGUGGUUUCCCAGCCCCUCUGGAAUCUCCCCCUCCUCCACUGUGACUCUCAUUCAAAUCACCCUCCCUGCCUUCCCUAGGGCACAACCACUUUCCUCAUUAUCUUGUCUUUUCUGCAUUCUUCCUCCUGCCCUUGUCCCUGUAAUCGAAGCACUCAUCUUCGCUACACUAUUUCUGAUGACCCAUCUGUUCACCACGGUCCCAAGAGCACCUCUCGCAUUAUCUCUUUCUUUUCUUCCUUCUGUUUAUAAAUUCAGAUUGUGCAGUCAAGGCCACAGCAAAGUGCCAAUUCCUCCAAAAUAAUUGUUUAAUUAAAAUCCGACACUUCCUACCUCCUGUUGGUCACUGCGGUGUUUUGAGACCUUUCCAGAACACCAUCUAUCAUAAGAGAGGCAGUUUCCCUCUGCGGGAGAAAGAGGAUACAAACACGCUCCGUUUGAGGCCAGAUUCCAUUUUACAUUGUACCCAGGUAGACCUACUGAACUUAGCACAAAAUGCCAAAAUGUAAUUUAGUAGAACAUUAGCUCUGAUGGUGCCAGGUUCUGGCCUUGGAACUGAGGGGAAGCCAAAACCUAAUUGAGAGGUGAAGCAUUGUACCAGAGCCAAGUCUGCUUACUUAUUCUUUGAGGGCUGUGCAAUUUAGCUGCGGGAUGACUCUGCUGGUAUUAGACUCUCGAGUAAAUUAAAUAAAAAUUAUUCUUUGCGGCCACUAAGUGUGGCAUUGUGCCAUUGUGUGUUCCAUGUGAUGAUUGCAUUUGUCUUAUGGUGCCUUGGUUGUUUUAAGCCUUAGUUGCCUUCAUGCAAUCCUAAGAAAUACUUUUUCUCUCCUUCAUCUGAUGGGUAGGAAAUAGUUUACUCAUGAUCAGAUGCCAUGGUGAUAAUGAUCGAAGGAACCACUCCUCCAGAGAGUGAAACAAGCUCACUCCAAGGAAAGCGUGAUGAUGAAGUGGUACUUAGUCAGCUUCAGGCCAAGAGCAUGACAUAUGCCGACACUCGACUUGCUCAAGACCAGUUAUUUUGAUGGAUUUUGAUCAAAAGGUUUUUUAUAUGUGUUCUUAAGUUCAGAGAAUUAGGCCACCACAAUCUGUCUUAAUACAGUGAUUUGUUCUGCUCCUUCUUGGGGAGCCAGACAAGCUAAAGUCUCACCACAGACCUGGUAUUCUGCGAAUAAUGGCUUCACAAUUUUUAGGCCCUUCUGCCCUCAUUUGGGGAUUUUGUUCCUUUGUAGGUUGAGGCAGCAAUCCUGCACAUGCUUACCUGGGAGUAAGGCUUAUUUAUUUAAUCAUUCCCUUUAUUUCCCAUCUUGACUACCUGGAGCCCAGGGUGGGGUAGUAUGUGACUCUCUCCUUUCUCCAUAUCGCUUUCAAUGAGGUAGGUCAAACCUGGUGCACUGCAUCCCAUUUUGUCGCUUGAGGUAAAACAAGAAUUGCGGCCCUGCCACCAGCUGUUCCACCUGCCGCACUGCCUCCACCACCAGUGGAGAAGUGGAGUCAGCACUGGCAUCCAUUUCCAUUAAGGUCUCACCCAAACCUCAUGAGAUCCCAUGCACUCCAUGAAGUCUUUCAAGAUUUCAGUGAGAUCUCACCAGAAAUCAUUGCCGAUGCCAGCAGCAGAAGAAAUGAGCGAGCGGGGGGCCCAUGGGAGUGCCCCCACAUCGGCGGCUUCACGCUGCCUCAUGGGUGCUCCAGGCCUGGGUUAAGCUGAUACUUGGUCUUUACAGCUGAGUAGAGAGAUGAACUCUGAUCUCCCAAAUCCUAGUCACACACUCUAACCACCACACCACACCACACCACACCACACCACACCACACCACACAGGCUCUCACUAUAUACUACACUCUGGCUCUGAGCAGAUGUACAUAGGACUGCACUGUAAGGAUUGUUCCAUAGGUACCAGCUGUUUUCUAGUACUUGUUUUUUAUUAAUCAUUUUCCCAAUUUUGCAUUUGAUGGAUGCUUAAAAACAAAAAACAAAUCUGUUAAUCUGUGCAUAUGUGCACUAGGUUCUUUUUUUAAAAAAAUUAUUUAUACAACAAGAAAAAAAACACACACAAAAAACACAAAUACCAAAUUACACACAAAUUACAAAAAUAACCAUAGACACAUAAUUUUCUUGGCAAACAAUAAAACAUCUAUUGGUCUUAACACUAAAGACCCAACUUCCCGUCUAUUCCAUAUUUCAAAUUCAUAUUACGUAUUGCCAAUACACAUUUUUUUCAUAAUUAAACUUAUUCUCAAUAAAUCUAAUUUCUUCUAUCUACCUAGCAACUAUCACUGAAGUUCCUCGAAUGCUGCAACAGAAUUUAAACUACUAUAUUUAUUUUUCAGAUAUUCUUUGAAAACCUCCCAUUUAGAAACAAAUUCCUGUUUUGAUUUAUUCUUUAUUUUUCUGAUAAACCAUCUAAUUCGGCAUAUUCUGUCAGCUUUUGGAUCCAAUCUUGUAUAGAGGGGAUUUCAUUACUCUUCCAUUUUGCUGCGAUCAAAACUCUUGUUGCCGCUGUCGCAUAUAAAAAGAUACCCUUCCUCUUUUGUGGAAUAUCCAAAUCUGUUAUUCCCAGGAGGUAGGGUAGGCCUCUGGUUUUCUUUAGCAUUUUUUGCAGUUCUGCAUGUAUACUCUCCCAGAAUACCUGUAUUUUCCUACAUAUCCACCACAUAUGGUAGAAUGUUCCUGAGUCUCCGCAUCUCCAACAAUUACUUGACACAUUUUUAUACAUUUUUGAAAGUUUCCAUGGUGUUAGAUACCAUCGAUGUUGCAUUUUUUUGAAAGUUCUCUCUAAUCGUGUAACAGUUUGUGAAUUUCCAAUUGAUCUUCCAUAAAUUUUCCCAUUGGGCCAUGGUUAUUGAAUGGCCAAAAUCCUGGGACCACCUCACCAUUGCCACUGUUACCUCCUCCUCCUUGACUAUCCAGUCAAGGAGGAGUUGAUAAGUUUUGGAAAGAGUUUUUCUUUUUGAGUUUACAAGAUCAGAUUCGAAUCGGGAAAUUUCUGCUGAGAACCUCUUUUGUUUGUCAGAUUUAAAUUUUUCAAAUAACUGAUGGUAUUGGAACCAGUCUGAAAUGUGUUCUCUUAUUUCCUCAAAGUUUUUUAAUUUUAUUUGGUUGUCCUCAUUUUUUAGAAGUAUUUUAUAUGUUGGCCAGCUUUCCUGAGUAUUUUUCUGUUUUACUGCUAUGGCUUCUACUGGAGAAGUCCACCACGGGACUUUAGGCUCCAUCAGGUCUUUAUAUUUUUCCCAUACAGCAAAGAGUGACUUUCUUAUUAUGUGGUUGGUAAAAUUUUUAUGAAUUUUCACUUUUCCAUAUAUUAGGUAGGCGUGCCAUCCCCAACGGUUGUCAAAACCUUCCAGGUCCAGGAGGUCCGGAUCCUGCAACGUGCACCAAUCUUUUAGCCAGGUGAAACAGGCAGCCUCGUAGUAAAGUUUUAGGUCGGGUAGGGAAAAGCCUCCUCUCUCUUUUAUGUCUAUUAAGAUCAGGUGUUUAAUCCUAGGUUUCUUCCCUUCCCACAGGAAUUUGGAAAUUUCUCUUUGCCAUAUCUUGAGACAACCUGCUUCACCCAGUAUCGGAAUCAUUUGAAAUAAAAAUAUUAAUUUUGGAAGCACAUUCAUCUUUAUAAUGGAAAUCCUACCCAGAAAUGUUAAUUUUAGUUUACUCCAGAUUACCAAGUUUUUCUAAUCUCUAACCAAGUUUUGGUGUAAUUAUCCUGAAAUAAGUUUAUGUUCUUGGGGGUGAUCCAAAUACCCAAGUAUUUCGCUUUUGAAGAGAUUUUCAGGCCCAAUAUUUUUUCUAAGUCGUCCUUUUCUUCUGUGGUUACAUUUUUAACAAGCAUUUUUGCUUUUGUUAUAUUCAUCUUAAAGCCUGCCACAUCUCCAAAUUCUUUAAUCAAUUCCAGCACUCUUUUCAGACUUUCUUUAGGGUUUUCAGUCAUAACAAGUAAAUCGUCCGCAAAAGCUUUAAUUUUAUAUGUUUUGUUUCCCAGAGUGAUGCCUUUAACAAGCUCAUCCUUUCUUAUCUGAUUGUUCAAGACUUCCAUCACCAAGAUAAAUAUCAGUGGUGACAGUGGGCAGCCCUGUCUGGUUCCCUUGUUUAUUUUGCACUCCUCAGUAAUUCUUCCGUUGAUGAUCAAUUUUGCAUAUUGUUCCGAAUAGAUGGCAUUUAUUCCUUUACAAAUAUUUUCUCCCAGUCCGAUUUCUUCCAUUAAUUUUUUCAUAAACUUCCAGGACACGUUAUCAAAAGCUUUUUCAGCGUCCACCAACAUAAUAGCUGCUGGUUUAUCAAUUUUAAUAUCCAAAUAUUCUAAUACAUUAAUCACACAUCUAAUAUUGGAUUGCAUAAAUCGUCCGGGAAGAAAUCCAGUUUGAUCUUUAUGAAUUAUCUCUUUCAGCACCAUUUUUAAUCUAUUUGCAAGAAUGUCUGCGAAUAUCUUGUAAUCGUUAUUUAGCAGUGCAAUGGGUCUGUAAUUGGCCAUGUUUGAGGCAUCUGUUCCCUGUUUAUGGAUAAGAGUAAUAAAGCUGUCCUUCCAGGUUUUCGGAAGCUUUCCAUUUGCCAGAAUAUUAUUCAUUAGGUCUUUCAUAGGAAGAAAUAAUGCUUGUUCUAACUUUUUAUAGUAAUUAGCUGGAAGACCAUCUGGGCCCGGUGUCUUUCCUAAUUUUGAUCUCUGUAUAGCUUGUUGCACCUCCAUAGCUGUUAUUGGUGAGUUCAAGAUUUCAGUUUUUUCCUUAGGUAUUAUUGGUAGUUUAUUUUUGCCCAAAUAAUCAAUUAUUUUUCUAGAGUCUCUGGACCUUCUUUAUAUAGUUUUCCGAAAAAACUAGCAAAGUUUUUACUAAUUUCCUUCGGUUCUUGAAUCCAUUUGUCUUCAAUUUUAAUUUUAUUGAUAAUUCUAUCUUCCUUUUUCUUCUUUAAUUGCCAGGCCAGAAGUUUGCCAUGUUUAUUUGCAAACUCAAAAUUUCUAUGUCUCAACCAUUUUAUCUUCCAUUCUAUCUCUUCAUUUAUUAUCAUGGAGAAUUGCGUCUGUAAAAUUUUUAUACUUUGCUUAAUUAGUUCAUCAUCUGGUUUUUGGGAAAGGAUCCUUUCCUUUUUUCUAAUUUCCUCCCAGAUCUCCAUUUUCUUCUUCUCCUUUAUUUUCCUUUGGAAUGUGUUUUGUUGUAUAAAGAAGCCUCUUAUGACGGCUUUACCCAUGUCCCAAACCGUCUCUACAUCUACUCCUUGAUUUAAAUUAAACUUAAAAUAUUCUUCUAAGAUUUGCUUGGCCUUCUGUACAAUUUUUUCAUCGUUUAGCAUACUCUCAUUAAGUUGCCACCUCUUAACCUUUUAUUCUUUUCCUUUAAAGUUAACCCACACCGCGCUGUGAUCUGAAAUUGUCCUUGGAUGGAUUUCUGCUUUUGUAAUAUUAUUUAAUAAAUCCUUUGUUGUCCAGAUCGCGUCGAUUCGUCCCGCCGAUUUAUGUGGUUCUGAAUAAUGUGUAAAUUCUUUCUCUGUUGGAUUCUUAAACCUCCAAGCAUCGAACAAAUUCAGGAGUUCUAUUAAUUGGAAAAAUGUAGUUGGGAGUGCACUAGGUUUUUGACAUACGCAUGCAGCCUUUGUAGAGAGUAAAUAUUGCUGAAUGUGCUUGAGUUGCAACUGCUCUGUAAUAAGCCCAAUGAGAUCCAUUCUGAAACAGCUAGAAAUGAGGAGUUAACAAAUAAAACUGCAAACACACCCUGCUUAAAAAGCCAGUGCAAGUCAGUCUCUCGUGCAGUAAAUUAAUUUAGUGACUUGCUAGUUGCGAUGGUGCUAUUGUAAGCAUUUCGAAAUGGUGUUUGUGGCCAUUCUGUAGACCUUCUCUUCACCUUCUCCUCCAUCUCCGUUGCCUGUGUCAGAGCCAUGGUUACUUUAUUUAUGCACCGUCUUCUCAUAUCUUCAAAGUAGUUUGCACCAUGUGGUGUCCAUUGAGAAGGCACCUACCACCCACGCCUUUUGUAGUCUAUUACUGUUGAGUCCAUCCAUCAUGGCCGUCCAUCAGUGGUGCUCUUGCAGCCUUCCUUGUGCCAUUUGUUUGAAAAGAACCCAGCAGAGCAGAAGGCCAUUGCUGACAUAUGCAUGAAACUGCCCAUAUGAAACCAGGUGCAGUUUGAGGUGUUGAUUCUAGCAUUUGAAGCACUAAACAACUUGGAACCAUGUUCCCUAAGGGACCACCUCAUCCCGUUUUCUCCUGCCCAUCAACUGUGCUGCUUGGAUGGGGCACAGCUGAGAGUAUCACAUGCCCCAGAGGUGCACUUAGCUUGUACCAGAAGCUGGGCUUUUAGUGUUGCAGCUACAGCACUCUGGAAUCAGCAGCUGAAAUUCAGUAGGUGCCUAGCAUCUUGAUAUUUAGGUGCUGAAUGUAUUUAGGUACUGAAUGUAUUUUUUUCUAAGAAGGGUUUUCCUUGUGUGGUCCCAUCGAAUGUUAACUAUGCAGUUGUAGAAAUGGUUGUAUUGUUUUUAGAGUCUGUGUCUUUUUUCAUUUCACCUCAUUUCAUCUUAGCUUCUGGUUGAGAAGCAGUUUUUAAAUCUGCCAAAUAAAUAAAUAAGCUGGUGAAAUGCAACAUUGACACCACCAGUACCACAAAAGCAGAUUUCUCUUUUUUUCUCUCCUGCUUUUAGAAUUAAAGUAGGACAAUUCUGUCUUAUAGAAAUCUAUUUUAUGUGUGAACAAUGAAGUACAAUGCAGAGCUCUCUGCUAGGAGAGUCGAGUAGGCAAUUGUGCUACGACAAGCUAGACAUUUCUAUUUAAGGAACUCACAGAAGCGCCCAUCACUUUCCUGUCUGAAGGUUCCCGAAUCAAACCAGGGCAAGUUCAAUAAUUCAUAGGCAGUAUCAACUCCUGUCAUUAUGUCGAAACUGAUUACCGUUUGCACCUGUAAUUAGAUAUAAUGGGUACAAUCUCCAGCCUUGCUGAACUCUCAUCUGAGAUAUUUAUGGCAGAAGGUUGCUUAGCAGUGUCUCCUACAGCCUUUGGAGUUAUUCAUACAUCAGAAGAGAAGAAGUAACUCCAUUUAGCACAUAUGUGACUGGAACAGUAGACAGAAGAUGGGUCAUAAACUGAGAGAGAGCCCUUGGCUUGUGACUCAUUUGCUGCUCAUUGCCUGCUGAGAUGCUCCUAGGACAGUGACAUUAUCAUAGCAUCCUAGAGCUGUAGGAUUAGUAUGGUUCUGAACAUUGACUAGCUGGAGCACAGGGAUCCAAUGUGAUGCCUUCCAGAUAUUGCUGGACAACAACACCCAUAAUCCCUACCAUUAGCCAUGCUAGCUGAGGCUGAUGGUAACUGUAGUCUGGAAACACCUGGAUGGCAUCAUGUUUUCUGCCUCUGAUCUAGAUGUUGUGUAUCCCUUGUGUACAAGUCCCACUGUAGUGGUGGAGUUCUGGUCAGUCUUCUGUGGAUCCAUCACUAUGUGAGAAGUGUUCUGAACAUAAGGAUUCUUCCUUUUGGAAAAGUUUCAUGGCAAAUGGUGAAGCGGUAUAACAGGGAAUAAUUACACAUGAUAGUAACAACAGACAAAAAAAGUAUCCAAUGUCAACCUUGUUUUGGCUGUUUUGUUAAGUUUUUUUCCAUUUGUUUCCAUUUUUGAAAGGCAGCUGUAAUUUGUGAAGCUUACAUUAACAGAGAAUACUUUAUAUGGCUGGAUGAUUUGAAUCUGAAAAGUUUGUUAGACAUGAACUUCAGUGAGAUAAUUCUUCCAUCAGCUUUAGCUACCUGAACAAUCUUCACAUUAUUGUGCUGGACCACAAAGUUUGGGAGGUGUCCAGUUGCCAGCUAGAUGAAUGCUGAGAGAUACUUUUCAGAUAUGGCUAUCCUCCCAUUGGCAGUCUGCUGCCAAAAAGCAAAGGCAUGCGGAAGAAAGUAAGAAUAGAGGUGUUCCAUAAUCCAUUCCUAAAAUGUACUAUCCAUUUGAAUGAUAAAGCCAAAGGAGAUCACAUAGCGUGUAUAAAUAGCAGCCAGAACACGAGAAAUUACAGCAAUUCGGAGCUGCUACACCUUAUCUCUGCGUGCAUCCAAAUGUGUCUCUUUUGUCUACAGCCUCGUACACUCUACCAGAAUUGAUCUCAAAAUACCAAGAUUGUAGAAACUUGUCUUUGUUGCAGACAAGAAUCUGAGCACAGAUUGUCUCAGUUACUUUACUUGAUUAAUGCUUGGUUUUUGUGCAUAGAUGCAACCUAUUCAUACUGAGCUUUCAGCUGAAAUUUGGAAUCCUAUUAAAGGAGUCACUGAGUGUCCAACCAUAAUUUAAGGCCCCCAAGUUACUGAAUCCCUCCUACCUCCCAUCUUACUACUGCUUCAGCUUCCAUAAUUAUGGUAAUGCUGGUAAACACACUUAGGCAUGGUGUUGUUGUUGUUUAGUCAUCUGGUCGUGUCCGACUCUUCGUGACCCCAUGGACCAGAGCACGCCAGGCAUGGUACAUAAGCAAAAGGAGAAAUAAUGUGAUAGUCACUUGAGUAUGAUUGCAGGAGGUUCUGUACAGAUGAAAAGUUUGUUUAUACAUUUAUUAACAUGAUUUAUACACAUUGGGCCCCCAUAAGGGAGCUGUGAUUGAUCUGAGAUGAGGCAGCUUUGAUUCCCGGGGCUAACAGUGGAGUCUCAUGAUGCACAAUACUUUUCCUUACUGGGGUUCAUUAUAGUUAGACCUGAUUUGGAAGAGACAGCCCUUCAAUUAGAAUACUUUCCUCUGUUUAAAAAAAGGGACAUACAGUGGUACCUCGGGUUAAGAACUUAAUUUGUUCUGGAGGUCCGUUCUUAACCUGAAACUGUUCUUAACCUGAAGCACCACUUUAGCUAAUGGGGCCUCCUGCUGCUGCUGUGCCGGAGCACGAUUUCUGUUCUCAUCCUGAAGCAAAGUUCUUAACCCGAGGUACUAUUUCUGGGUUAGCGGAGUCUGUAACCUGAAGUGUCUGUAACCUGAAGCAUCUGUAACCCAAGAUACCACUGUACAACCACCCUUUUGGUGAGUAAUGGGAAAACAGCUAAGCUGGUCCCAGUCUCUAUGAAAUUCAGAACCUUCAUUAUGGAAGGCAGACAGCAAGCUGGGCACUCCCAAAUAGGAAUUUGGCUAUAGUGGGCUUCUAUGCAGAUUUGUACAGGAUGUUUUGUGUUCUCAAGUGCCCUAACAUUUAGAGUCUCUCCUUCUUCCCUCCACUCCAAUGUUCUUUCCAUAGCCCUGCUGGAUUUAGUAGCUAAUCAUAUCCCUCAUUUAAAUGCUAAUCUCUCUCAGCAGCAGGGACCCAUUUUACAUACAGCUUGACUUUUCUGGUGCAAUAAAGCUUAAGCUCAAAAUGUAAAAUAUCCAAUGAGAUUCCUCAGGGCUUUUUCUUCUUCUUUGGGGAUAGUGGGGGGUGGGAUAGGAAAUAAAAGAAUGAUGAUAGAUGGAGAGAUGAAACAUUGCCUGUAAAGCUGGGAAAUGGCCAUUUACUUCCUUUGUCUUUUUAUUAUUAUCAUUGGGGCAAGGGGAAUAAAACUUCCGUUCAAUCCCAGGCCAGAAGUAACCUUUUGUGCUGCCUGUUAGCGCCAGCCCAAGUCAUUUUGCUGCCUGAGGCAAAGGAUAAAUGCCACAUACAGAAGCUGGUUGGACUGGUUGUUGAAUCUUAUUUCAGCAAUGGCAAUGCAAUGGGCAGGCAAGUUUACGGGGCACAUGCAUCUUGGUUCUCCAACAGAGGCGCAUGACUAGGGGAUGCGGGAGGGAAAACCAGAAGGGCCACUGCUGCUGUACCACAACACUCUACCUCAGCACCUGCCAUCUGAGGCAAUUGCUUCAUUCUGCCUCAUGACAGGGCCGGCCAUCAUGCCUAUCUGGGACUUCAGCUGUAAACUGCAGGAAAUGGUGCUCCAGGGUUGUGCAAGUGAUGGUAGGGGCCUUUGGAUGUAGCUGACAAGCCACACCUCCAACUUCACCCUCACCCCCAAUUUAAUCUAAAUCAUUGGUUCCCCGUAACCUUCUAUAAACAGCACCUGGCAAGGGUCUGCCGCAAGAAAUGAGGGGACGGGGCUCUGUCUGUCCCCAAUUAAACUGAGCACUGGGAAUUUUGCAUAUUAUUUCCCUUGUUGAUUGUGCUGACUGCCAGGAAGCUUAAUUCUUCCUCCUGUGGCCAGAACAUUUGAAGCAAGGCCUCCUAGGCUCAACAGGCCUGGCUCACAGCCAGAGGCGCUGUCUUCUCAGGAUGACCAAAGGGGGCCCAGCUCAACAUCCUGACAUCACCCAUGUGACGUUGCAUGAUGUCCGAACAUCGUGAGAAGCCAGGGGGUGGAGCCAAACACCCUCUGAACAUUGAGGGGACCUGGCCUCCUCAAAAAAACAACAACCCAUGCGGGGCCAAAAGUAUCUCAGCCCCUAGGGGCCGGCACCUAUGCUCACAGGCCAAUGUGUUUAGGAAUACAGCCUAAGUCUAUGCUGCAUCUGAGAAAGAAUGAAUGUGAAAAAUCAGCACAGUUCUUAGCCAGCUUCUAGAGAUCAAAUCCAGAACAGCCCAACAUGGACAUGCCUGUGUUCAUAGUCUUAGUAUCAAAUGGGAAAAGAACAGGUGAGAGGGUGAAAGGAAGAUGUAAGAUCAGAUACCUCUUAAGUUCAAAGGAAAUCUAUCCUGUUGUCAUCAGUCACUGCUAAGCUGCUUAAAAACCAAACUCCCCUAGUGUGAUGGGUUUUAUAGUUAUUUCUUUGCUCUUCAGAAGAAGAACGGGCCUAUCUAGAGCAUAAAGGGGUCUUUUGCUGGAAGCAGAGAAGAUGCCAUGCACUUUUAAUCACUGAGCUUUAGUUUGAUUCUUAAUUGGCAUAUUUUUAACCAACUUUGAUCUUUUUUUAAAAAAGAGGGAGCGGGAAAAGGGAAAGGGAAGGCGGAAGCUCAUUAGAAGCCACUUGUCCUGGUGAGCCCAUCUGUUGUUGGGUCUCUUUCCUUUCAAGAUGAGGCUUCAUCCACCUGUCUCUUGGUAGCAGAUGGAGGCAGGCAUCUGCUGGCAUUGCCUGUUGUGAGUGUUUCUGACAGAUCCAUCAGGAUGCUUGCCAGCAUUCCUAAGGAGGAGAGGCUCAUACACAAGGAAAGCUUUGCCGAGGAGCAAGCCUGAAGCCAAGUCAUGUGCACACAGGCAGGCCCAGCUGAACAAGCCAGCAGUCUUGCGCACUUCAACAGCUUUGCACCAGAAAACAAUUCUGGAGGGGUGAAUCCAUUCUGGUUGAAGUGAUCUGAAGAAUAUUUGCAUCCUUCUUUGUAACUCUUAAUGGCAGGUGAUGGCCUGCAGUUCUGGGGUUUUUGGGAUUUAAAAAUCUGAUAACUGUCAGAUUACUGACCACCUUGCCACUAGAUUUCUAGAUUUCCUAUUGGAGAAAAAAAAUGCAUGGCUUUUCAGCUAUCAAGUCACAUCUUAUCUGAAUGGAUAUUCCCAUGCUCUGGAGGUUAAAUCUUUGUUCAUUGCACAUUUUCCUUCCUUCUGGCUUCUUAUUCCCACACAUAUGGUUUGCUGAGCUCUUCUGUCUUCCCAGAUCCUUGCCAAUAAUUCAAAAGCCUGCAAAACUUGAGGAAGGCUGCAAAUUAAGGACGUGUGAUCAAAUUUACAAAUUUGCCUCUUUCUUCCAAUGCAACAUGUUAGGCAUGCAGAUUACAAGAUACUGUGUUUUUCACUCGACAGAAAGUGGUGAUGGGGAUAGCCUUCUUGCACUGAUCCAUGCCUAUGCUGUGCUUUUCCCUUCCUCCAGGUUGAUCCUUACCUGCCCUAUGAAUACACCUCUGAAGGGAUGCUGGAGCGAAUUCAUGCCUAUAUUCAGUACCAGGUAGUUAAUUUGCAUCAUGUUCUGCAGUUCUUUGUGAUUAAGUCUAGGAGGCCAGUGGUUUCCUGCUCCCAAGAUGGUAAUGAAUGGCACAAUAACCACUCACUUUGGUUGUAUGAGUUAAAUUUUUACCAGUGUCUAAAGCAGCCUUUCUCAACCUGUGGGUCCCCAGAUGUUGUUGAACUACAACUCCCAUCACCCCUAGCUAGCAAGGCCAGAGCUCAGGGAUGAUGCGAGUUGUAGUCCAACAACAUCUGGGGACCCACAGGUUGAGAACCGCUGAUCUAGAGAGUUAUGUCUUGGAGUGAGGAUUGGGAAGUCAGCGGAAAUUGGGAGGAUGUAGCUUUUCUGAUAUCUUUUUCCAAAUGAUUAGCGAAAUUGAAUUAAUUAUAUGGUUCUUUAUUUCUGAGCUCCCUGCCCCCAGAAGUACAAGUUUCAUCUAUUUCUGGGCUUUUCUCCUCACGGUUCUGACAGUUUUUAUUUUCAGCAUUUAUUAUGUGUGAUGUUUCCCCCACACACACACCGCCUCGCAUUUGCUAACUGCCGAAAUGCUACGCUUUGUGAUCUUAGAACACAUCAGCUUGUAGCUCCAUUUUUAAGCUUGUGCACAAGUAUAAUUAAUUUUCUGAAUAGAACUUGGAAGUGUGACCCAACUCCUUAUGCAUAUGGACAGACAUCAGCCUCUAAACAUCUCAUCUCACCCCAAGAUUUACACCACGGAAUUGCCCUGUAGAUAUCCCUGGUUUCCCAAGACAUACAGUAUAUCUGUGGUUUUAAAAAAUUCAUGUAGCUAUGAAACUGCCUCAUUCCAAAUGAUAUAUGUAGAGAAAUACAUUGGUAGGCAGGUAGAUGGAACAAUGUAACUGAGAAGCUACAAUAUAAUGCUCUCAGGGACUGGCUGGGCAAUGAGGAGUGGUGAGAGGUGUCAUGUGAAGAGGCUCCAGCUGGAGAACCCCAUGGGGAAGCCUCAGAAGAGGAAGUCUCAGAGCCAGGGGAGUGGUGGUGGGGCUAUGAAGGUCAGAGGAGGUGGGGGGAGAAUAGUGGGGUGCUGAACAAGCAACAGGCUUGAGUGAGAGAGGAGAAGAGGCAGAAAACACUGCAGAUGUAGAACAGGCAGCUGAGGAGGAGGUGGGGGCUGAGGCAGCAACAGAUUCACAGGAGCCUGUCAGUCCUCCCAGCUUGUCUCCAAGGGCUCAAAGAGUUUUGCAUGUAGUGGAGCAAUGAGCACAGAAAGUGCAGUGGGGGGGGGGUCUACUGACAGAGCUUAAGACUGUGGGUGAAACAGCCGGAUAGGGAAGAGACUUAGGGGGUAGUGAGAGGCCCAGAUUGUCAAUUCUGGCAACUCAUUUACAGAGGCUAGUCUUGCUGUAGGUUUCUUUGUUUGUAUUCUCUUUUCUUGAAUAAAGAAUCAACUUUACUGCUCGCCUGUGAGUCUCCAUGCUGACCUGCAGCUGAACCAGCCCUGACAAAUGUAAUGCAACGUCAAACAAAUAAGCAAUGAAAUAAAUAAUAAAACCCAACUAGAACAACAUAGCAGCAUAAUUUGAAGCCUUUUUAGAGCCUCCCUUUUGUCAAGGCACAUCCUGACUGACAAAAUACAGCGCUCGCCCCUCUAACGUGCAGACUUCACACCCAAAUUCUGCCUUACAUCCACGCAAAUCAUACAGUACCUCCUGCUCAUUCAGUUUCACUCACUGCAGUUUAUUCCCACACCUCACAUACACAUCCACUAGUACACAUAAACACAUCACCCACCCAAUCACUCCAAUAUCUCCCACUCAUUCACCUUCCACAGUCACUGCUCCCACUCAACAAAAACAUACUGCAAAAACACCGAGGAGACAAUGAAAGCUUUCACUGACAGAAUGGUAUAUAUAACCGUACAAAUUGCCACCCAUACGUAAAUCACACAAAUGAGCUGUUCUCAACAGCGCUCAGCCAGGUUGCUGUCUUCCACCCAAGACUCUCAUGCACCAAUGAUGCUCUCACACACAUGAUAUGCCUUCAUUUCACCAAGGAGUGCCACAGUGGCCAACCAGAGACUUAUGAGAAACCCACAAGCAGGAAGUGAGUGCAGCAGCGCUCUCCCCAUUUGUCAUUCCCAACAACUGGCAUUUAGAGCCAUACUGCAUCAUCUCCUCACCUGGAAUGGCUCCAUCCCUUUGAUCAUUUGGGUUGUCCUUUUCUGAACCUUUUCCAACUCUACAAUAUGCUUUUUGAGACGAGGCAACUGGAAGUGUACACGAUAUCCCAAGUAUGGUUGCACUAAAGAUUAGCAUGGUGACAUUAUUAUAUUGGCAAUUUGAUUUUCAGUUCCUUUCCUAAUGAUCUCUAGCAUGGGAUUCUAUGGACUCCAGCGGGGUUGAAGUUACCUAGGAGUCAGGCCCCUAUUGAAUUUGAUUGGACUAGCUCCUGUUCAUGCCUUUUGAAAAAUUCUGUAUAAAAAUCUGUCUGUUUUCUUCUUGGAUAGGAUUUCUGUGCCACUGCUGCUAUGCCAGAGAAGUCCAGCAGCCACACUAUGCAAAGCUCUGCAAGCCCCUUCAGCCUGCAGCCCAAUUCCACAUACCUGGCCUGGUCUCACAAUUCCAGCAGCAGCCCCCCUGCCUGGCCUCCAGUCAACUCCAUGCAGGUGUGGAUAUCAGACGCUGGGCAGGCCUGCACCAGUACUUGUCAGCAGCAUGGUUUGGUCUGUGAGCCUGAGUUCUUCAAGUUCAUCAACAAGAAAGGAGUGUUUCAGCAGUAAGUCUCUUCUCUGUCCCAUCUUACCCUCAUUCACCCUGGAAUCUCUUCUCUUCCCAGUGCUGUUUUUAUAGAAAAAGAGGUGCCAGAACUCACCAUGAAUACCUCCCUUGUUCUCCUGGCAAUGGUGCCCACCUGAAAGGUGCCGGAACUGAAAAUAAGUCCUAUCUCUUCCCCUUUGCAUAGCACACUAACAAGUGCCAGAUAGCAACCCAGGCACUUUGUAUUUUAAAGCUGUUGGGCAAAACUGUAAAGUUCAUGCUUUGUUUUGGUUUGCAACUCAACUGAUGUUGAGUUUUGAUAUUGAUGCAAGGCGGUAAUGGAAAGUGACGUUUUUGUGCCAUGAAUGCUGCAAAGAUGGAGUUGGAAGAGUGCUGAGCUCUUCGUUGAAACACGAUAUUUGCUUGCAAAACUCACUUUUCAACUCCUAAAUCUGAAUAUUACAGCCAGGUUUUGUUUCCUUGGAGGCUGGUUAUUUGCAGGAACUGUUUAUUAAAAGAAACCUUGAGUUUGAAUUGAAUUUUGACAUUUUAAUUGCAUUAUCAGAACUACUUGAGGACCCCAAGAAAGAGCAAUAUCCCACCAUACAAAAGUUGGCCUAGACACCCCUUAUUAAUUAAAGGCCCUUUUGCUCCUCAGGCCCAUUAAGCUUCUCCCAAAGUCUCAAGAAUUGCUAUAGACCUUCAUUCAUGCUGAGAAAGUGAAUCCUUUCAUAGAUGCCUCCCUGACAUUUUUUUCAGUUCCCUUUGCACACAACACGGCAAACUAAAAAUAUUUGGACAGACCUUCUGGUUGCAUUGUGUGUGGGAAUGGCUUUCUGUAGUUGAAAAGGGGUUUCUAGACACCGUUGUUCUCUUGUCUCCCUCCUUCCCCCUUUAUCCCUCUGUCUGUAAGCAUACAUUUGGAACACACAGGCACUGACAUUUUAAUAGAACAUAAAUCUGCCACCCAGCUCCAUACAUAGCUCUGGACAAUUAAAAUGGGCGCAUUAUCAUUUCUGUCACGGCGGCCAGGCAGGCAAUUUGAGUCCAAGUGACAUUUUUAUAUGAUAAAUUAGAGGCAGAGCUCAGAUUCUACUUGCUAAGCUCCUUUAGCUCCUUAAAACCCAACCAUUUUCAAGAAAUUGCUGGUUCAGAAUCACUAGUUCAGAUCAGAGUUUAUUAAAGAGAUGCCGGGGAGUUUACUGAGUGGCUGGAGAAGGAAAGGCUAUAGCAUCGCCUACGGGUACAUGGUUGACUUCUUUCACUAAAGUUUGUUUGAGAAAAGGCAUAUCUGCCACAGCCUUUGCCAACCAGAUGCCCUCCAGAUGUUUAGGUCUACGAUUCCCAUCUGCUCCAGCCAGCACAGUCUUGGCCCAUGUAGGGAUCCGACCAGGAGGCCAGCUCAGCACCCAUCUCACCUGCACUUCCUCAUGCAAAACAUAACAUCUAGAAAUCUCGUCACGGAUCUUCUGCAAAACGUAUACUUAGGCCCUUCCUGUAUGCCUAACAAACGAUAAAAGUGGGAAUGCAAACAUUAGAACCAGUGUUUGAAAAGACCUCUCUCUGUGUGUUUCUUUGUUUCCAAGGCUCAACAUUGUCUGUGACAGCACAGAGUCAGAGAUGAAUCACCUCUACCCGGCUGUGGCUGAAAAUGUCCAGGAGUGCUACCUCCAGAAGGAACCUCUCUUGUUCAGCUGUGCAGGAUGCAAUACCAAGUACCAGCGCCUCUGCCCCUGCCGCAAUUACCGCAAAGGACAAGUGGCACUGUGUGGGGACUGCUUGUGAUUCCACUGGGGCAUGUGUGCUGUAACGUGCCACACAUGCAAACAAAUAACUUUCUUUUUCCAUAAAAGGCUUCUGCAAUACUCAAGAAGGUUCCAAAUGGAAUCAUCUUCUUGGAGACUUUUUGGAUGUCAGUGAGAUUCCAUUGGUUGUUUUGUCUCCCAGUCAAGGGCCAAGGACCCGUUUCCAACAUUUCUUUACUUCUUAAAGCAUAUCUCCUCCUGCAUCCAAGACCACUGGAGACUUCAAAGCGGCUUAGAAGGGCUGCAUUGAAAAUCCUUCUGAAGGACAACAAGGCAGCC